GCAUGGGCUGCUGGGAAGCAGCUGGAGGAACAGCAGUGGGAUAGCUGCUACAAUUCAUACCAAUAACCGGCAUGGCGGGGAUUAUUAAGAAGCAAAUCUUGAAACAUCUGUCCAGGUAAGGAUUUUUAAAAGUGCAUAAAUGAAUUAGCGAAACAAUUGUCUUUUUUUAAAUAGAUCUGGACGCAACAAUGGAACCUUGACUGACUUGCAGCAUUCUGAUUCUACCCAAUGCAGCGUACAAGUCAACAGGGUUCUACAGUGAAAAUGCUGUGUGACUAUGUAUACAGUACAGCAAGUCAGAGGGCUGUCUGCUUGGACUCUAUCGAUGUUUCAGAGACGCUUAGAGUGAAUGGAGCCGUUUUCCUGUAUAUAUAAUUGUGUAGGGAAAAUUGCAUUGAGUUUAUAUUGAGAUUAGUACAGUAAACCAAAAUGAUGUGUCUUUUAGUACCUAUUAUAUACAAGUUCCUACAGUGUAAAUUAACAACCCUCACUUGCAACCCUGUAUUCCUAUUAUGUAAACAUGCACUCUGAGCAACUUAACCAUUACAGCUCAUCGUUGUGACUUUGCAGCAAUUAUUUUUUUUGGUGCCAGCCCUAUAUUUACAUAUUACAUGUUGGGUUUUUUUGUGUUUUUUUUUUUGUGGAAAAGGUAACUCCAAGCACCAAGACCACCUGCCUCAGUGAUUUGAAUUAGUCAUUUGUGACUGGAGACUGUAUGUGCAGCAUUAGUUUAACCCCUUUGCUGCCAGAGGUGUAACUCUACAUCCAGCAAGCAUCAUUGGCAGUGGGAUGUAGUUGUCAUGGUGCUUGGAGUAACCCUUUAAGAGCACAUAUCCUUAUGAAUUCUGCCUUUCUUGCCAUCAUAGGAGGUGGGGAACUGCACUUUUUUUCUGUCUCCUCCACUUCUUUCAUGCAGUAACAUUAUCUGAACAAAGAUUGAAUGACAACAGCUGAUGAAUUAGAAUUUAAAGUGCACACAAGAGGCUUUGUACACACAAGUUAGGUUUAAAUUAAAGGGAUACUGUAGCUUUGUAUUCUUGGCACUAUAGUAUCCAUUUAAAGAGCAAACUAUGUUAUCUUUAUAUUGUGUUAGCUAAGGUAUAGACUUUAUGCUGAAAGAGUACAGUCACUUCCCUGGAGUUUACACAAUUGAAUAAAACAUUGAAAAUCACAUGUAUCUUGUAGUAAUCUUAUUUUUAUGAGAUGCUGCAUUUUCUUUAAAAAAAUUUGUUCCCUGUUACAAAAAUGGCUUGAGAAAAAUAUGUAAAAAAUGUCAAGCUUUUUUGUGAAUAAACGGUUGAACCCCAAAGUCUCCCCUCCAGAUUGCUCUACCCCCUGUAACAUCCGCUUAGUGAAAAGCUUGAAAACAGAAGCCUAGAACUGCCGUGGCAGGGGCACUACUGUUUGGUUUAGAGUGGUCAGCUGACUGGAAGAAAAGAGAUUUAGUCUAAGACAAAGGAAAGGAUUCUUUACAGGAAGAACAAUGAAGGUGUGGAAUUUUCUACCCGAAUAUGUGGUUUUAUCAGCGUCUGUACAUAUUUUUAAACAGCGACUAGAUCCAGUCUUGGAAAAACAUGAUAUUCAAAGAUCAAGUAUUUUAAUAUGUGAGAUAACAGCUUAUUGAUCCAAGGACAGAUCUGAAUGCCACUCUGGGGUCAAGAAAUGUAACACUAUGUAAGUACUUUUGCCCAUGCUCCUAGGUUCAAGACAGAUUUGUAAUACCCUGUACUACUACUAAUACACAUACAAUUUUGCUCAUUCCCAAGUUCCUAUACACUUAUUCCAAGUGCAUAGAAAUAGCAGCAUAAUUCACGUUUAAAACUCAAGUUUCUUUUUUUCGUCUUAAAGUGUUUAUAUAUUUUAAUAGCAGCAGCAUAUCUAACAGAAAGCAAAAGUAUCUUUAAGAGAAAUAAACAUUUUCCAUAUACAUUGGUUGUUGUUUUCACUCUGACACCUUUGUUUGAACAAUUAUAUGUCCAAACACACACCUUGGCAAAUAGUUGUCACUGGUCCGUAAAGAGAUCUGUAGCGUUUAGUAAAGAAAAUAACAAGACACAUUGGUAAUACCUCUAAAACAUAAUUUCUCUAUGAAAUUAGAUCAGUGUUCAAACGAGCCACAAUUAAAGGAACUCUCUAAGUAUGAUAACCAGUAAAGCUUGAAGAAAGAAUAAGAAUGCAUAGGUAUUAUAUCAGUGAUUCUGCCACAUUAAAGGGACACUAUACUCAUCAGAACAACUACAGCUUAAUGUAGUUGUUCUAGUGUCUACAGCCUGUCCCUACAGGUUUUUUAAUGUAAACACUGCCUUUUCAAGGAAAAGGCAAUGUUUACAUUGCUGCCUAUGGACUGCUCUAUUGGCAGCCACUCAGACGGCCACUAGAUGUGCUUCCUGGGUCGGUGUAGCACCUAUGUUCAGUUUCUCCAUGCUUUGCAUUGAGACGCUGAACGUUCCUCAUAUAGGUGCAUUGAUUCAGUGCUUCUCUAUGAGGAGAUUCUGAUUGGCGAAGCACAGCAACAUGCCGCAUGUGUGUAUUAGCCUAUGUGUGUCUAUUUCCUAUGGGAAAGCAUUGGAUUUGCUAAAAUUAUAAAUAUUGAUGAUCUCAGCACAGGAUACAGAGUGUGGGCGGGGCCAGCCUCGAGAAGACCCACACAGUGCUGGAAAAGGGUAAGUUAAAUACCCUUUUCACUGGGUUACAAGCGGGGGCCAACCACCUCAAUGGUGUUUGACAUCUAUAAUGUCAGGAAUACAUGUUUGUAUUCCUGGCACUAUAGCGAUUCUUUUAAUAUAAUAUUACAUACAACCACAUUUUCACGAGUGCCACAAAAUGUUUACCCGGUUAUAUGAUUAUAGCACAGGAAACAUUUCUGCUGAACAAGGCCGCGGCACCCAACUGGGCCCCUGUAGUGUCGGCAGGCUGGAAAGGAAGUGACAACCUAUCACUUCCUCCCAGCUUUGUGCAAUGAGACAGCAUGGGAGGGAGAGUAGGCAGUUACAGAGGCAGAUUGAAGGCAGAGGAGAUAGAGCACGAAGAUCUGCUCCAGACCCCUCUACCCCACCAGCAUCAGGACCAGGACUCCAAUCAAGCCACCCUCCUGAACACACAUGGUAACGGAGGGUGGCUGCAGAUAUAUGUAUGUGUGUGUAUAUAUAUAUAUAUAUAUAUAUAUAUCACUUAUAUGUGUUAAUGUCAGACUGUGUGUGUGUAUACAUGUCAGUGUGCUUCUUUGUGUAUCUCUGUGUGCGCACUAAUCUGUGUCAGGAUGUGCAACUGUGUAUGUGCAUCAGUGUGUGUAUCUGUGUCAUGGUGUGUGCAUAUGUCAGUGUUUGCGUGUAUCUGUGUCAGAGUGUCCGUUUGUGUGUAUAUAUGUCGGUAUAUGUGUGUAUUGAGGUAUGUGUGUGCGCAUGUGUAUGUAUGUGUGUUUGUGCAUACAUCUAAGCAAACACCAGUACAACAAAUACACCCCUGCAUUCAAACUCCAAAAUGAUAUACAAACACACCCCUUCACACAAAUGACAUCCACAUUUAAAAAUAAACAUUGCAAUCAAACACAAACAUUAUAUACAAAUACUAAAAUUAUAUACAAACACCUCUUCUAACACUAACACUAUACAUUACAUUAUAGCGCCAGAAUAUGCCGCAGCGCUGUACAGAUAUAUAACCUAGAAAUUUGUUUUGACUUGGGGCGCCUUGGAAUUCUUUUUAAUGUUAAAGGCAUCUUGAACCUAAAAAGUUUGGGUAACACUGCUCUAGAGUUAUAAUAAAUAAAUGAGCUUUAUUUAUAAUGCUCAAGUGUUGUAUGGGCUAUUUGGUUUUCUGGUCCCUUUCCUUCCCUUUAAAUUAAAGUGGUCACUUUAAUUUAAGGGAUACUAUAGUCACGCAGACCACUAUAUCUCAAUAAAGUGCUCUGGGUGCAGUGCGUCUGCCCUCUUAACCCUGCAAUGUAAAAUAUUGCAGUUUUUUAGAAACUUUGCAGAAUUUACUGGUGAAUGUCAAUAUGACCGCCACUAAUAGGCAGUCAUAUUGACAUUCACUAAAGGCGUUUCCACUGCACUGAUUGAUAUGAAAGCAUUGGUUCUCUAUGAGGAACAUUGGAUUGGUUAUUGGUGGAGGAAACCAUGCCUCCCAUGUGGUGUUGUGGUAGUAUGAAUGGUAUGCAGCACCGAGUUACUCUGCCCCGGGCAGCUGCCUUAUUUGUCCCGCGUUAAAGACGGCCCUGGGGUACAGGGAAGGGCAUAGCUCCUGAAAAACACAGGAAUAUCCUUGGAAAUGUUCACAAGUAAUGAAAGUGACAGGAUUGGCAAAGUUGUCAAGGAAAAGUUAAUGAUAUUUACAAAUGAAUUAGGCUUAGGAAGAACAAAUCCCUUUAAACAUAGAAUAUACUUAUACACAUUAGACUAGGUUUGUAAGUCUCACACCCACAAUACGGCAGAUAUUAAACAGUUGGAAUGUUUGAGUAUGAUAAAUGUGUUGUAAAUUUGUAACACUAUACCUCUUUUACUUAGAAUCUGCCCAACUGAAAAUUACAGAUGUACAAAGUAAAGUUUGAUGUACCAUACCAUUGCAGGGUAACAAAACACGAAUUACAAAAAAAGAAACUGAAAAAUAUGCGUUCCUGAAAUAUUCUUAAUACUGCACAUUCCCAGUAAAAAAAAAUAUAUCUUUAUUGAAAAUCUGCUUAAAUUGGUGUAAGUAGAUAUACAGGGUGAAAAAAGCUCCUAAAUUUUCAGAGCCACGGCAUACAGUCUACGUGUUUCACUUUAACUUUUUUAGUGCAUCUCAUCAAUUUUAAAGGAAAACUAUAGUCACCUAAAUUACUUUAGCUAAAUAAAGCAGUUUUAGUGUAUAGAUCAUUCCCCUGCAAUCUCACUGCUCAAUUCACUGCCAUUUAGGAGUUAAAUCACUUUGUUUCUGUUUAUGCAGCACUAGCCACACCUCCACUGGCUAUGAUUGACAGAGCCUGCAUAAAAAAAAAAAACUGGUUUCACUUUCAAACAGAUGUAAUUUACCUUAAAUAAUUGUAUCUCAGUCUCUAAAUUGAACUUUAAUCAAAUACAGGAGGCUCUUGCAGGGUCUAGCAAGCUAUUAACAUAGCAGGGGAUAAGAAAAUCUUAAUUAAACAGAACUUGCAAUAAAAAAAGCCUAAAUAGGGCUCUCUUUACAGGAAGUGUUUAUGGAAGGCUGUGCAAGUCACAUGCAGGGAGGUGUGACUAGGGUUCAUAAACAAAGGGAUUUAACUCCUAAAUGGCAGAGGAUGGAGCAGUGAGGCUGCAGGGGCAUGUUCUAUACACCAAAACUGCGUCAUUAAAGGACCACUCUAGGUACCCAGACCACUUCAGCUUAAUGAAGUGGUCUGGGUGCCUGGUCCAGCUAGAGUUAACCCAUUUUUUUAAUGAACAUAGCAGUUUCAGAGAAACUGCUAUGUUUAUAAAUAGGUUAAUCCAGCCUCUAAAGCCUCUAGUGGCUGUCUCAUUGACAGCCGCUAGAAGCGUUUGCGUGCUUCUCACUGUGAAAAUCACAGUGAGAAGACGCCAGCGUCCAUAGGAAAGCAUUAUGAAUGCUUUCCUAUGAGAGGCUGAAUGCUCGCGCAGCUCCUGCCACGCAUGCGCAUUCAGCCAAAGAGGAGGAGGAGAGCUCCCCGCCCAGCGCUGGAGAAAGGUAAGAUUUUAUCCCCUUCCUCUCCACAGAGCCCGGCGAGAGCGGGUCCCUGAGGGUGGUGGCACCCUCAGGGUACUAUAGUGCCAGGAAAACGAGUAUGUUUUCCUGGCACUAUAGUGGUCCUUUAAGCUAAAGUUGUUCAGGUGAUUAUAGUGUCCCUUUAAUAAUUUCCCUACAACCUGCUUUUUGAACAUGCUUUAAAGGAAGCUCACCAUUUAUGUUUAUCAAAGAAUCUGUAGAAAGAGCAAUACAGAAACAGAUUCAGCUACAUUUUUUGCGUAAAUUAGAAUAGAUUAAUUGGGACCUUCCUUACUAGGUUUUUUUUUGUUUUUUUUAUCGUGUUACUUAAGUCAAAAUGGACCAAGGGUACAAAGUUAAAACCCCUUAUUAAUAGGGCCUGGGUAGAUUGGGAUGAAGAUAAGACUGAAAAUGUUCAUGUCGUUAUGGAUCUCUACUUGGAUUUGUUUCUUUUUUUUAAAAUUUGAUCCUUGAAUGUAUUUCCAGUUCUUCUGGUUGUUCUUCUUCGUCUGCAUAAUCCAGACCUUUUCUCCUUUGCUUUAUUCAUCUCAAGUUUUUUGAGGUAGACUGAGAACCAUGAGAAUCCAUAUUCUUUAGACUCCUCCCAGUCCUUGUAUAUUAUUAUUAUUAUUUAUUGGUAUUUAUAUAGCGCCAACAGAUUCCAUAGCACUUUACAAUAUUAUUAAGGGGACUUUAACAACGAAUUAGACAAACUAUUACAAAUUUGACUGGGACAAUAGGUUGAUGACAAUCCAAAUCAAACAAGCUUACAAUUUUUUCAAUUUGACAAUUUUUAUUGUUUUCCGGGGUACGAAAGGGAGUGUUAGGGGGUAGUAGAUCAUACGAUAACAACCGUGGUAACAAUAACAAUAUCAGUGAUAUCUAGUAAUGUCUAGGUGGCAACAGUGAUAUUGUGUUGUUUGGUGUGUCAGUUGCUUGUGCAAGCUUACAAUUUGAAGGAGGUGGGGUAUAAAACCACAAAUAAAUGUCUAUUAAUAUGCUGGUCUUCAUGAUUGAACAUCUUAGGCACAAUUAGCCACCUUAACAUCUCACUUGUCAUGCUUGUUGACUUUCCUUUGCACCUUGAUAACCCCUUUGGGGCAUCUGCUUUCCUCCCACUCAUCUCCUUUAGCCUACAUUCAGCUUUCACAAAUUACCCAAAUAACUUGCAUAUCGUAGAUUGCAUUCACAGGCUACAACACACAGUACCCACAGCAUUCAUUAAUUACUGUUGAAUUUACACUCCGUUUACUGCAUAUACUACAAACUCAUAAAACACACAUUCAUUCACACAUGACUCAUUGUUUCUAGGUUUCUUCAGAUUCUGGUGUGCUAAAAUGCAACAUUAUAGCUGUCCAGGAAUCUAAAACUGUCACAUAAAAUGUCAUGUUUCAAAAGCAGUGACCUCUGAAUAUUUAUUUGUAUUGUAUUGUUAAAAAGGCUCUGAUCUCAAGCUUGCCUUUCUCCUACUUUUCCCUCUUUCAGAAUCUGUUCUUUAUUUCUAAUCUUUUUAUUUUUAACCCCUUAAAGGGACACUGUAGGCACCCAGACCACUGCAGCUAAUUGAAGUAGUCUGGGUGCUGUGUCCCUUUUGCACUUAGUGCUGCAAUGUAAAACAUUGCAGUUCUAGAGAACUGCAAUGUUUACAUUACAGCUCUAAGUCUGCCCUCUGUGACUGUCUAACAGACAGCCACUGGAGGCGCUUCCAGAUUCGUAACUGACUUAUUAUUGAAUAAUGCUUUCCUAUAGGGGGGUCUAAUGUGCGCAUGUGCGCAUCAGGUCUCCCCUGAUGGUGGGGUAGGAGCGUGGGCGGAGCCUAACCCAGCGCUGAGGGACAUCGGCGCUGGAUUCAGGUAAGUUUUAACCCCUUCAGCGACAUGGGAUGGGGGGUGGAAAGGAGGGGGCACUCCAGGAUUCUCUAGGGCCAGGAAAUCUUUUUUUUUUUUUUUCUGGCACUGGAAAAUCCCUUUAACCCUUUAAGGACCAAACUUCUGGAAUAAAAGGGAAUCAUGACAUGUCACACAUGUCAUGUGUCCUUAAGGGUUAAGGACUAUGGCAUCCUGCAAAAUGUGGGCUUUAAUGCUGCAGUAAGAAAUUAAAACCCUGAUCUGCAUUAUAGUAUGAAACCUCAUUCUAUUAAAACACCUAAACUAUCAUGUUGCUGUGGGUCUUUGGUUUUAAUUAUUCUACCCUAUGAUUUUCAAUAUAAUAAUGUAUAUUAUGGGCAAUGAAGUCCACAUAUUAUGUUUUUCUUAUAUUUCUUUUCUCUAUUACUUUAAGGUUCACCAAAAACCUGUCCCCAGAACAAAUUAAUUUAAGCACACUGCGUGGUGAAGGACAGUUAACAGAGUUUGAACUUGAUGAAGAGGCUAUUCAGAACAUGCUGGAUUUACCCACAUGGCUUGCCAUUACACGAGUAUACUGUAACCGAGCUGCCAUCCGGGUGAGGGCAAAUAUUCAUUGUGGAUUGGAUGUAAUAUAGAUGAUUCAAGAACAGAGUUAAAUGAAACAAAAUAUAAACCUAUGGUGUACGUAAUAGCAUAAAGACAUAAUACUGUUUUUGUAUGGCUUUGUGAGAAUUGCUUUUGUCAAUUUAUUAACCCCCCUUCCUAUUCCUAACAGAUACAAUGGACCAAGCUGAAAACCCACCCUAUCUGUCUGGUAAGCUGUGCUGUGCUGUCUGUCUUCUGCACAUUGUUUAUCCAUUUUCUCUCUAUAUUCUAUGUUAAAUCAAAGUUUGCCUGUUGUAUUCACUAACAGGAUUAUUCAGUAAACACUGGAUUUUGAUUGGAUAAACAAAAUCCUGUGAAAAUUGCUGAAUUUAGAUCGGAAUGACAGUUCUCAUAUUUACUAAUGCCAAAUUUCGAAGUCCGUAUUAAAAAUCAGUGGUUUCAUGGGACGACUUUAUGUCCUCCCUGGGCUGGAGGAAACACUUCCACCCUGAAGCUCCCCUUACUGCACUACAUGCAGUGAAUCCUACGAUCCCACUAAACAGAUGGUCACGCUUAGGUAUAUCCCAAAUCCAACAACUGUGUACAGACCAGACGAUCAUGAGUUUCCCAGCCAUCAGAGACAGAUGGAAGGUCCCGGAGAGGGAUAUCUUUCCCUACUUACAACUGAAAAACACAAUAAACACACACGUCAAGGGCACACCUCACACUGGGCCUACUCCUGCGGUAGCAGCGAGACUGAUACCCCACAGAUGCUGGACAGCCCCGAUGAAACCCAAAGCCUUAUCACUUUGCUACAAAGCAUGGCUUGACCUAGCACCACAAAAACCGAUGACAUGCAAACAGCACUGGGAGACUGAGAGGGGGACAGUCAUGACAGAGGAAAGGUGGAUGCUGGCCCUAAAUGGGAUCAAAAAGUGGACCAAGUGCUACUCACAUAUUGAAGCGCAUCGCAAACUACUAUAUAGGUGGUACAUGACACCCACCAGACUACACAGAAUGUACCCAGACGUUUCCACCAAAUGUUGGAGAUGCGGUGUGGAAGAGGGAACCCUGCCACACAUAUGGUGGCAUUGUGGAGGGAUACAACCUAUCUGGGGAGAUGUUCAGACCCUAUUAAAAGAUCUCGGCAUUAGAGACUUCCCCAUGGACAUAACGACCUGCCUACUCUUGUUGUUCCCCGAAACAACACAAAAAAACCACACACAAUUGAUAGGGAUAGUUUUAAUGGCCGCUAGAAACCUGAUAGCUCUAAACUGGAAAACACCUCGCUGCCCAGCCAUCCACCAAUUGGCAGACAAAAUACAACAAUUCUAUAUAUACGAGAAAAUGUCCACUGACAACGCCAGGGCCACGGAAAGGUUCCAAAACACUUGGAAUAUCUGGGAGACAUGGUAUGAGAGACAGAAACACCAGGGAGGGUGAGAGGGGAGGAGGGGACCCAGAAGAGUCAGAGCGGCCCAGGGAAACAUGGACGGUGACUUAUGUGAGCUGACAUGGCCUAAGGACGCAGGAAAUGCUGGAUACAAACUAUUAUGAUUUGCCUGUAUAUUUGUUUGUGUAUAUACCUUUGUUACGUUUAUUUGAAUUGUAAUACCAACCCAAUUGAAGAGUAAUUGCAAACCAGCUUCGAUAAAAUGUUACAUAGUACACGGAGGCAGAUGAUGUUACUGUAUAACUUUAAAGUACAAAUAUAUUAUCCUGUAACCCGCUGAAUACUCGUUGUAUACACUAUGAAACAACUGUGUACUGGAUCUUUACCUUUGAAAAACCUUCAAUAAAAAAUAAAUAUUAAAAAAAAAAAAAUCAGUGGUUUCUCAUCCAAACUCUAAACAAAAUCUAGGACUUAGAAUAUCAACAAAACACCACUUUUAACAAAAUUCGGAACUAAAGGCAUCCACUGGCAUGUCGUAAGAAAUUAUGACCUCUUACAAAUAAAAUAUGCAAACAUAUAUGUAAAGAUUUUAUAUAUAUAUAUAUCUAUAUAUCUAUAUAUUGGUAUUAAUGGUUGCAUUAGGUUACUGUUACAGUUUUGUCAUAAAUAUAUACAUAAAAACCAUGUAUUAAAGGGACACUAUGGUCAUCAGAACAACUACAGCUUAAUGCUCUGCGUGGAGACACUGAACUUUUCUCAUAGCGAUGCAUUGAUUCAAUGCAGCUCUAUGAAGAGAUGCUGAUUGGCCAGGGCUGUGUUUGGCUUGUGCUGGCUCUGCCCCCGAUCUGCCUCCUUGACAAGUUCAGCCAAUCCAAUGCUUUCCUAUGUGAAAGCAUUGUGAUUGGCUAAAAUAAUCACUUCUGAAGAGAUCAGUCAAGCAGGCAGAUCUGAGGCAGAGCCAGCAGCAACAGACUGGAUUAAAGGUAAGAUUUUACUACAUUAGUGUACCUUUAAUAUACAGGCCUUUUUAAUAUACAGGCCUUGAAUGCAAUAUUUUUCAAUACGUUAGGAUUUCCAUUAGUUAGAUGUCUGUAUUGCUUGUUUCUUUCCCUCCUCCGUUCUUGUUACAUAAGCUGCCUCCAUUCACGGGGUCAGAUGAAAAGGAAAAAGUAUUGUUGGGUUUGUUAGCACGAGGUUCCUCCCCAGGGCUUAGCUCCAUGGAACUCCUCUCUGUGGACAGCGUACUCUGGUAUUAGCAAAAUCGUUAACUGAUUUAUUUAACCAAUUAUUGUUAACGGGAUUAUUCCCAGAAGAUUGGAAAUUAGUGAAUGUUGUGCCAGUUUACAAGAAAGGUAGUAGGGAUGUGUCAGGCAACUAUAGGCCAUUAAGCCUUACUGCAGUAGUGUUGAAGCUCUAAAAUCUCAUGCCAAACUAAUCUUAUUGCAUUUUUUUAAAUGUAUAACUAAAAUAAUAGAUCAAGGUGGUGCUGUAGGCAUUGCUUACCUAGAUUUCAGUAAGGCUUUUGGCACGGUCGCACAAAGAAAGCUUAUCCAUCAACUUCCAUUUCAAUAAUGUUGAAUGGGUUAGACAGUGCCUGAGUGACAGGCAAAAGAGGGUUGUAGUCAAUGGAGUAGCAGUACUUGGAAUACUUGUUACCAGUGGGGUACCUCAGGGAUCUCAUUUGCUUCAAUAUUUUUAUUAGUCAUAUUGCAGAAGGUCUUGAUGGUAGGGUAUAUCUUUUUGCUGAUUAUACUAAGAUUUGCAACAGGGUUGAUGUUCCAGGAGGGAUAAGCCAAAUGACAAAUAAUAUGGGUAAGUUUGAAAAAUGGUCAGAGCUGUGGAAACUGAUAUUUAAUGUUGAUAAGUGUAAGAUCUUGGGCAUAAAAACCCAAGGGCAGGUUAUAAAAUAUUUGAUAAAGUGCUAACAUCAACAUCUGACGAAAGGGAUUUAGAGAUAAUUAUUUUGUGAUUUAAAGGUAGUCAGACAGUGUAUUAAAGCAUCAGAGAAUGUUUGGUUGUAUAGCGAGAGGUAUUAGCAGUAGAAAGAGGGAAAUGCUCAUGCCAUUGUACAGAGCACUGGUGAGACCCGACUUGGAGUAUUGUACGCAGUACUGGAGACCGUAUCUCCAGAAAGAUAUUAAUACUUUGGAGAGAGUUCAGAGAAGAGCUACAAAACUGGUUCAUGGAUUGCAGGGUAAAACUUACCAUGAAACGUUAAAGAAUCUUAACAUGUAUAGCUUGGAGGAAAGACGAGACGGGGGGGAUAUGAUAGAAACAUUGAAACAUAUAAAGGGAAUCAACACCAUAAAGGAGGAGACUAUAUUUAAAAGAAGGAAAACUUUCAUAAUAAGAGGACAUAGUCUUAAAAUAUUUGAAAAUAAUAUCAGGAAGUAUUACUUUAUUGAGAGGGCAGUGGAUGCAUGGAAUAGCCUUCCAGCUGAAGUAGAGGUUAACACAAUAAUGAUAGACAUAAAUCUAUCCUCGAUAUAAGAGAUAGGGAUCGACCUAUUAUCGGUUUUACCGAUAUAAUCGGCCGAUAUUCAAUAUAUUUGGCGGUAUCGGCCAAUUCAGAUACCGAUAUUGCCGAUAAUACUUCCUAGGACCGCCGGGCUCAUUACAAGCCCGGCGGUCCUGGGGGGAGCGGGCAGCAAGCGCUUACUCACCUCCCAGCAGCUCUUCCAGCUCCCCAGUGUAACUCUCGCGAGACCCGCGGCCGACACGCUGGCCGCGAGAGUUACACUGGGGAGCUGGAGGAGCUGCUGGGAGGUGAGUAAGCGCUUGCUGCCCGCUCCCCCCCACAGCUCGGCCAAUGCCACUAGACCACCAGGGACUGCUAUAUCCCCCCUCCCUGGCCAGGCAACAAGCAGGGAGGGGGGACAACAAAAAUAAAUAAUUAAAUAGGAAAAAUAAAUAAUAAUUUAAUAAAAGAAAAUGCCCACUCACACACACAUUCCUUUAUAUACACAUACACUACACAAACACACUGUGUAUAUAAUGCAGAGUGUGUGUGUUUGUAUAGUGUGUGAAUAUAAUGCAGUGUGUUUGUGUAGUGUGUUUAUAUAAUGCACACUACACAAACACACUGCAUUAUAUACACACACACAGUGUGUUUAUGUAGUGUGUAUAUAAUGCAGUGUGUUUAUAUAAUGCAGUGUGUGUGUGUGUGUAUAUAAUGCUGUGUGUGUAGUGUGUGUAUAUAAUGCAGUCUAUUUGUGCAGUGUGUGUGUAUAUAAUGCAGUGUGUAUUUGCAUAGUGUGUUUAUAUAAUGCACACUAUACAAACACACUGCAUUAUAUACACACCAUACAAACACACUCUAUUAUACAAACACACUACAUUCAUUAUAUACACACUACACAAACACGCACACACUUAGAAAACACGCAUUUAGUAUAUACUGCAUUCACUUUACGCACACUACCCACACACUAAACAAACGCUCUGCUUUCAAUAUAUACACACUACACAAACACUCUGCUUUCAUUAUAUACACACUACACAAACACUCAGCUUUCAUUAUAUACACACUGCACUAAUACACACUGCAUCCACUACACACUAGACAAAUACACACUGCAUCCACUAGACAAAUACACACUGCACACACUACACAAACACACACUAUAUCCACACACACUACACAAACACACACUGCAUCCACUACACACACUACACAAACACAUACAGCUCCCCUGUCUAAACGCCCUGCAUCCACUUCACGUGGCAUGUAUAUUUUGUGCAUUUACCUUUAGAAAUAGUUUUUAUUUUCCAAAAUGGUAAAUGUACAGAAUAUCGGCAAAUUAUAUCGGAUAUCGGCCUGAAAGUUCACAGAAUAUCGGUAUCGGCUCUAAAAAAUCAAUAUCGGUCGAUCCCUAAUAAGAGACUGAUGCAAGUAGCAAAAAAAUUGGGCAGACUGUAAUGGCUUUUAUCUGCCGUCACAUUCUAUGUUUCUUGGUAUUUUUUACCAGGUAAAUUAUAACAUUUAGUGUCUUCCCCCAAGCUAUAGUAGAGCAUUCUGGAAGAAGUGAUCAGUUGGGGUGGAUUCUCAGGUUUUCUGAUAAUUACUCCGCUUUUGAGACAGGUUGGCUUGGAAAAACAAUUACUUGCCUAAAUGUUAGUUACUCUGGACAAAAAAUUUGAGUACACCAUUUUUAAACAUUGACACUUUGCUGAAUACUAUAGCUCAAAGCUAUAUGAUGGAUGGAAAACUGGUUGGAGGGAUGUAAUCUACAGGUGCAGGUGCUGUAAAAUGCAAUUGGAUCUCCCUGCAUCUCUAAUUACUUAAUGCUUGGACCCCAUAGCCACUCCCGGGGAAGGGCAGAGGUUGACAUGCCUCUAAUUGUGGGGUGGACUCCCCCUUGUAGAACUAUUUAGAGCCUCCACCCGCUGCCCAUUGCUGGGGCUGGAGUGGUGACACAAGUUCCCUGCCCCUUAUUCUUAUGAGCGCCCCCACGUGCUGCCAGUGCAUUGAGGGUGGGGUGGGGAUAUUAGGUGUCCCCUAUAUAUUUUUAUUAGAGCCCCUUUGCCACCAAUAGCUGGGAGUGUGGACAUCAGGUCCCUCACGUGCCACCAAUGGGUAUACAUUUAGUAGCACCACUUGAUGACCGUGGGUAGGGGGGACAUUAGGACAGUUUCCCCUCUUUUAUUUUACAGGCCCCAUCUCCAUGGAAGGGUGCUUUUCUAGCGGCUCAGUAGAAGUAGGUGUCAUAAGGAGGUGGAGGCAUAGAGAAGUUUACAAGUUCACACCAGACACCUAAUGCACUUCAGCUUAAAUGUUGUUGGCAUGAAGCGGUUCAGUUACAGGCAUGUGGUUUGUCUUUCUCCUUUCCUUUUUCUUUAUGCAGUUUGCUGAUUUUCACUAUUUAUUUGUCGAUUUUGUUAUCUGCUUUUUUACUGAUAUAACAUUUAACAAAGAGAAGAUUGCUUUGGUGUUACUGUUUUUCAAUUUUUUUAUUCUCAUGCUGGAGUGCAGCAUAAUGGUUAUAUUAUUAUAAUUUCCCAUAGCACUUGUCUAGUAAAGACUUCUCUUUGAGCUGUGAUUAAACACAAAGUCCAAGCUGGGUUAGAAGGGGAGGGCUUGCUGAGGCUUCAGGCAAGAGAUCUUUUGAAAGCUGUUUUUAGAUAUUCCCAAUAAAAAAUAAUUUCAUUCACGUUUUGAAUUUUUUUGGCAGUGGAGUUUUCUUUAAAACAUCCCUAAUACUAAUAUGGGAGUCUUUUUUGACCCCAUAAGAUUUUUAAAUUAUUAUUUUCUUUUUUUAAAACUUUUUUAAAGAAACACUAUAGUGUUAGAAAUACAAACCUGUAUUCCUAACGCUAUAGUGUCCCUCUGCCUAUAACUAAAGGUCCGUCCCCUCCCCCCAGUGUAUAAUGAGUUAAAAAACUUUUUUUCCCCUUCACAUUAGAGGCAGUGCAUGACAACAGGGAUUUCCUCUACUCUGGAGCGAAAAAGGCAGGCAGACCCUAAAAUUUUAAUCUGUUAGAACCUCCCCCAAACUCAUUUGCACUAUAAAAGGCAGCAAACACCACACCUCCCCUUCUCUGCUUGCCUUUGGCAAGAAUGGAUAGUUUUUAGGGACAUGGUGAGGGAGCUGCAGCUCAGGAGGCUUUGUCCCUUCCCCUAGAAGUUGAGCAUGUCCUGCGUUCCACUUUAACACUUCCGACUAUGCUGCCCCAGUUGCUGGAAAUGGUGAAUGAGCACAAGUGUGCAUGAGUUCUGGUGGUGGAAUUAUUUCAGUCGCCAGAAUUACAAUUCAAACAGAAAUUUUGGAUUUUCAGGACCAGGGAAGCCUUAAUUACCCAGCAGCAACUACCUGUUUGCCAGACGCAUCGUUUUCACCAUUUUCUUUAGAGAGACCUAUCAACACAUUUUUAUGGUACAGAAUCUCCAUUGUUGUUAUGUGUGGUGCUCAUAUAUUUGAUUUUAUGUCCUCUCAGACACUUGACAAGGUGGAGGUUGAAAUGAAGACUUGUGAGGAGCCUCGGCCGCCCAAUGGCCCUUCACCUAUAGCGUUAGCUGCGGGUCAAAGGUGAGAACAUUUUUUGUCGCUGCUUGUUAAUCUUCUGUCAAGCUUAUAGGUUAAAUAUGCCCCAUAUGUAGACUGAAUAGUGUGAUCUUAGGUGCUUAAUGCUGUGUGUAUAUAUUUGAAAUAUAUUCACUGCCUUCAUGGCAGUGAUGGGUAACCUACAAUUGCAAUCAGUGACCUUUUGUUGUGAAACACAGUGAAUGUUUAGGUUGCCGAGGACAAUCAUGGGAGACACUGAGAUGACACAGGGAGAUCAUGCAGGUAACAAUGGGGAGAUGCAAGGAGAUCCCAGUAAGGGGUAUUGUGGGUGUUAAUUGAUGAAUACCCAGCAAGGGGCAAUGAAGGGAAAACUAAAGUGUAGCAGUGAGUAUAAAACCCAGCGAUACAGUCUGGCAAUGAAAGAUUGAAAAUCUAGCAGGGAACAGUGCAUCCUUUAAGACAAACCCACACUAGUGACAGUGUGGUAGUGAAGGGGAAUAAAAAGUCAAGGACCAACACAACAUAGAAUGGUGAAAGUCACCAAGCGACAGUAUGGCCAUAAAGAGAAAAGACAGCAGGAGAUACUGUGGCAAGAAAGAGAUUAAAUAAAAACAAAAAAAAACAGCAUGCUCUGCCUGUGCGGAGUGCCUCGUGGGGUCAAGGCACUCAGUGAAGAAUUAAAAAAAAAAUAAUAAUUAAAAAUGAAUAUGAAAUAUAUAUAUUAACCCCCCCAUUAAUGUGGCUCCCAAGAUGGUGCUGCCUUUCUAAAGGCAGUGCAUCAUGGGGCUUCUGGGGGUGUCUCUAGCCUGCCUCAUCUGUUUGUGCAUUUUUGGGGGGGUUAAUUUUUAGUGGGUUUUUUUUUGUGACAGAUCUCAAAGUAAAGUGAUUGUGAUCAUGUCACAGAGGUCGUAAAAGCUGAGGAGGCAUAUGCCAUCCUUGCGUUGGAGUCUGACGCGUCUAUGUCUGACUCCGACCCUGAUUUUGACCCUGCCAGAUGCUCAGAUACAUCACUAGAUACAUCACUAGCAGCAGACACUGUAUCUAGUUAUGAUGUAUCUGUGGCUGCUAGUCCCGAUGCCAGAAGGAGACGUGCUGCUCCAGCUGGCAGUACUGCUGAGUAGUGGGUAGUGCCUCAUCGCCAGAGGCCACACUUCACUGCAAAUCCUGGCAUCAAUGUGGAUGUAGCAGGAUUUAGCCCUCAGCAGUUUAUGGAGGUGUUUCUGGGCGAUGAUGUAUUGGGUAGUGAUGUCACGAACUGUCCGCGAACUUGCCGCGAACGUUUCACCGCAGUUCGCCACGAACCGUUUGCGGCGAACUCCGGUCAGCUGACACAUCCCUGCCAAUCUCCGGCAGACCCUCCCUCCCAGACCCUCCUACUUCCUGGACAGCAUCCAUGUUGAAGGCCGCUUCAACAUGGAUGCUGUCCAGGAGGUGGGGGGGUCUGUGAGGGAGGGUCUGCCGGAGAUUGGCAGGGAUGGGUCAGCUGCCCGGAGUUCGCGGCAAGUUCGCGACAUCACUAGCAUUGGGGAACAUUGUCGCCCAAACUAAUUUAUAAGCAGUUUCAUGCUGCAAAGCCUGACCUUUUUUUGGCAAAGCAGCAAUGGGCCCCCAUCGAUGUGCCAUAAUUACAAAAAUUCUGGGCAUUGACUAUGCUGAUGGGCAUCAUAAAGAAUCCCUCCAUCCACUCCUGCUGGAGCAGUAGCCCCAUCUGCUCUACUCCCAUUUACUCCCAGUGUAUGUCGAGGAAGAGGUAUGAAAUGAUUCUACAUUUCAUGCACUUCAACGACAACAGCCUGUGCCCCCCUAGGGAGCAUCCCCAGUUUGACAGGCUGUAUAAAAUCCGCCCCCUGAUUACCCACUUCGCUGCCAGGUUUGCAGAGGAUUAUACACCUGGAAGGAAUAUAUGUGUGUAUGAAUCCCAUGUAAAGUAUAAGGGAAGGCUGGGAUUCAAGCAGUAUAUUUCUUCCAAGCACUCCAUCUGUCUGGAUUACAAAUGCUUUGUUCGCCUGUUCUGCCGGUUACUGGAAUUUCCCUAUUCGUAUGCUUUAUUCAAGGGAAUGUCGGUUUUUGUCGAACGGAACUACCGAACGGACGGCCACCCAGAAGAGAAGUGUGCUGCUGGUUAACCUAUUGAUCCCAAUUAGAACGUUGCGGUUAACCACAGACACUUCUCAAUUAAAACCGAAUGCCGGGUGGUCGCCGUUCGUAUGUCGACCACGAGGCGGCGGCCAUUUUGUCCAUGCGAAAGACCAGCGGUGUUCGAUUAUUUCAUGGAUCUGAAAACGGACACUUUUUCAGCCGAACACCGCUGAAGCCGUCGUCCUCCCCUUCUCAAUCGACAAAAGUAUACGAAUGCCAGCCGUUCGGGAGAUUCAACCACACGAAUGGACUUAACCCAGAUAGCCGUCCCAUGGAGUCAAUCGCAUACCGAAGAACUAAAAGAGACUUUGACUCCAUGGCGAUUGAACUGUGCGAAUGGGAUCUGAGCGCUAUUCUCCAAUAAUGUGCACUCAGAUCCAGGCUAUCUGGGGAUAUGUAAUACGAAUGUAAUAUGUUCGGCAGUUAUGAAGUUAUAGAUUUUCAUGUGUUUUUGUGACUUGUAUUUAAAAUGGCGAUUGCCUCUGCUCGGGGAGAUAAUUGAGUUACUUCCCAAUUAUCCCACGAGCAGAGGGGAGGGAACUGUACUGCAUGCUGGGAAUAUUGUGGGGAUGUAUGUCCAAAAUGUCCCCAUGUCCUUCUGUAAUUUCAGUCUCACAUUUGGUCCCCUAGGGGAGUGUCCACCAGGUGGGAGACCUGCAUAAAUACCGGGCAGGUAGCCCACAGUAAAUCAGUUCGUGUUUUACCCUCAAAGCUGAGCUUGGUCUCGUUAUUGGGGGGAUUUGGUUACCAGCGACUAGAGACUACUUAUUUGGAUUAUUUGCCGCUUGGGAGAUAUUGACGUUCGGUUACUAUUUGCCGUUCGUGGAUUUGCAGCUCGUAAAGGGAAUUAGCCGUACAGGUACCGUUCGGGAGUUUGGAGUGUUCCCUGACUGGCGGUUCGCAUGGUUUUAUUAUACCCGCUACCCGACCACAUUAUUGCGAACAGGGAAUACUCGCUAAACGGCGGUUUGUGCAUUUUAUUACUGGAGGUACCGUAACAGGUGUAAAGGCGUAUAAGAUCUGUGAUAGCGAGACUGGAUAUUCUCAAGCUUUCCAGGUGUACGAGGGAAAGGAUAGCCACCUUGAACCUCCAGGUUGCUCAGAACAUAUGGGAACCAGUGGCAAGAUUGUCUGGGACCUGAUAUUCCCCGUGAUGAACAAAGGGUACCAGUUGUAGACAGACAAUUUUUAGAACUUUAGUCCCACUAAGUUUGUGAGACUAUACUAAUUACAGUUGCAAUAAAAAGUAUGUGAACCCUUUGGAAUCAUAUGUAUUUCUGCACAAAUUGGUCAUAAAAUGUGAUCUGAUCAUCAUCUAAGUCACAACAAUAGACAAUCAGUCUGCUUAAACUAAUAACACACAAAGAAUGAAAUGUUGCCAUGUUUUUAUUGAACACACCAUGUAAACAUUCACAGUGCAGGUGGAAAAAGUAUGUGAACCCUUGGAUUUAAUAACUGGUUGACCCUCCAUUGGCAGCAAUAACUUCAACCAAACGUUUCCUGUAGUUGCAGAUCAGACAUGCACAACGGUCAGGAGUAAUUCUUGACGAUUCCUCUUUACAGAACUGUUUCAGUUCAGCAAUAUUCUUGGGAUGUCUGGUGUGAAUAGCUUUCUUGAGGUCAUGCCACAGCAUCUCAGUCGGGUUGAGGUCAGGACUCUGACUGGGCCACUUCAGAAGGCGUAUUUUCUUCUGUUUAAGCCAUUCUAUUGUUGAUUUACUUCUAUGCUUUGGGUCAUUGUCCUGUUGCAACACCCAUCUUCUGUUGAGCUUCAGCUGGUAGACAGAUGGCCUUAAGUUCUCCUGCAAAACGUCUUGAUAAACUUGGAAAUUCAUUUUUCCUUCGAUGAUAGCAAUCCGUCCAGGCCCUGACGCAGCAAAGCAGCCCGAAACCAUGAUGCCCCCACCACCAUACUUCACAGUUGGGAUGAGGUUUUGAUGUUGGUGUGCUGUGACUAUUUUUCGCCACACAUAGUGUUGUGUGUUUCUUCCAAACAACUCAACUUUGGUUUCAUCUGUCCACAGAAUACUUUGCCAGUACUGCUGUGGAACAUCCAGGUGCUCUUGUGCAAACUGUAAACUUGCAUCAAUGUUUUGUUUGGACAGCAGUGGCUUCCUCUGUGGUAUCCUCCCAUGAAAUCCAUUCUUGUUUAGUGUUUUACGUAUUGUAGAUUCGCUAACAGGGAUGUUAGCAUUUGCCAGUGACUUUUUUGUAAGUUUUUAGCUGACACUCUAGGAUUCUUCUUCACCUCAUUGAGCAGUCUGCGCUGUGCUCUUACAGUCAUCUUUACAAGACGGCCACUCCUAGGGAGAGUAGCAGCAGUGCUGAACUUUCUCCAUUUAUAGACCAUUUGUCUUACCGUGGACUGAUGAACAGCAAGGCUUUUGGAGAUACUUUUAUAACCCUUUCCAGCUUUAUGCAAGUCAACAAUUCCUAAUCGUAGGUCUUCUGAGAGCUUGUUUGUGCGAGGCAUCAUUCACAUAAGGCAAUGCUUCUUGUGAAAAGCAAACCCAGAACUGGUGUGUGUGUUUUUUAUAGGGCAGGGCAGCUGUAACCAACACCUCCAAACUCAUCUCAUUGAUUGGACUCCAGUUGGCUGACAUCUCACUCCAAUUAGCUCUUGGAGAUGUCAUUAGUCUAGGGAUUCACAUACUUUUUCCACCUGCACUGUGAAAGUUUACAUGGUGUGUUCAAUAAAAACAUGGCAACAUUUCAUUCUUUGUGUGUUAUUAGUUUAAGCAGACUGUGAUUGUCUAUUGUUGUGACUUAGAUGAUGAUCAGUUCACAUUUUAUGACCAAUUUGUGCAGAAAUCCAUAUGAUUCGAAAGGGUUCACAUCAUUUUUCUUGCAACUGUGUAUUGUCUUAGGACUAUUGUAUAUACUAUUAUUACUAUCUACCUCUUGGCGCAGCUCUUCUUCAGUUUUUUGUAUCACAUGUUUUAUCUUCAGAGGGUUUGAGGGUUACCCUUUGUUGGACCGCUGCCUACAUUCUAUUUAUAAUAGCGCUGACAGUUCUCCCACUCGUUUUAUUUAAUUUACUUAAUGCAGAGUGCGACCCACAAUGCUUUUUUGUUGUUCAAAAAAGCAAACCCUGGAAUGCAUCUGAGUUUUUACAGUUUCAGCUCCAGAUCAUUUUGGGGAUUUUGUACCGUGAUGCACCUGAUGCACCGGUGGUGAUGGGAGAGUUGGGGCUACACAUUGUAUUUUUAAAAUCCCCUCUACUGCGGGGAAAAAAAGAUGCAGAGUCUGUUUUAAGAGGGGGCAGAGAACUGAUAACGUAUAUUACUGUCCUGAUUGCCCUGGACAGCCAUGACUCUGCAUUGGGGACUGCUUCAAAUGAUACCACACACUGGUCCAUUUAAAAAAAAAUGUUCAGGUUUUUUUUUUGGUUUACCCUAUGUAUGGGGGUUAUGGGUGUACUCCGGAGGCCUUGCAGAAAACAAUCUGGAGUGUUUUCUUGCAAUAACCAACAAGGGGCUCUCCUAAAUCACAGUCAAAAAGCAAUGUGUGUGUAAAAAUGAAAAUUGAAAAAUGACCACCACACACUUUGUAUAUAUUUGAAACUGUUUUAGCCCAAAUAAUUGGAGACUUUCAUGGCAAUAAAUAAAACUGGGGUAUGUGAUAAGCCCCAAACUAAAGAUAGGCCUAUCAGAAGAAAUCCUUUUCAAUUUCAACUCAAAUUACAAGUGAUACAGUUGUAACUGAACCUUCCCAAAAUCCUGGCAAACCUAGACAAGGAGGCCUUGCAGAAAACAACCUGGAGCGUUUUCUUGCAAUAACCAACAACAGGCUCCCCUAAAUCACACACAAAUGUGUGUGUAAAAAUAAAAAUUGAAAAAUUACCACCACAUAUUUUCUCAAAUUUUUUGACUAAAACUAUUGCAUCAAAGGCAUCAAAACACUACAUAUACAAUAAUGUGGGGUGUCAACUUUUCAAAUAUAUGCACGCUCAAGGCAAGAAAAGAAAUUGGGAUAUCUAAAAAGGCCCUCAAAAAGAAGAUAGGCAAAGAAGAUAUGUCAAAUUUGAAAAUCACAUGUCAAAAGUUUGACAUUGCACCCCCCAAACAACCCAACAAACCUGUACAUGGGUGGUAUCACAGCACUCAGGAUAUGUUGCUGAACACAUAUUGGGGUGUUCUUUGGCAGUAACACCUAACAGGAGCUGAGAAUCCAUGUCUAAAGUACAACGUGAGAGAAAAAUAACACAAAAAAAGACUACCCAAAUGUUUGACAAAGACUGGUGGUAGAAUUAGUGCAUGGAAAGUGUUAAAAUACCAUAAAAAGUAGGGUGUCUACUUUUCAACAAUAUGUGGUUUGAUGGGGGUAAAUUACAUUUGCCGGCUUCAAAAAUGUCCCAAAUGGGACAUGGGUGCAUGAUGACCAGCUGUGAAAAUUCCAAGUUGAAAAACAGGAAUGCACACCCUCCAAAUAAGGUAUUUUAGCCCCCAGAGAACCUGACACACCUGUACAUGGGUGGUAUCACUGUACUCAGGAGAUGUUGCUGAACACAUAUUAAGGUGUUCUUUGGCAGUAACCCUUAAAGUUCUCAGUACAUGUAUUCUUAAAUUGCUGUGUGUGUCAAAAAAAAAUCACCAAUUAUUUAUUUUGUUAAUUUGGCAUAGAUUGGUGGUAAAAUGGUUGCAUAAAAGGAAUCAAUAUACCCCAAGUUUAAUACCUUAGUUUGUCUUCUUUUAAAAAAAUAGAUACAUGUGAAGGGUUAUUCAGGGAUUCUUGACAGAUAUAAACCUGCGUUAAUUUUGGGAAAAAAUGGUUUGGAAAUAGCAAAGUGCUACAUGUACUUAUUUCCCUAUAACUUGCAAAAAAAAAGGCUAAGAACAUGUUAACAUUGGAUAUUUCUAAACUCAGGACAAAAUUUAGAAACUAUGUAGCACGGGUGUUUUUUUGGCGUUUGUAGAUUCGCAACAGAUUUUGGGGGGUCAAAGUUCGUAAAAGUGUGGUUUUUUUUUUUUUACAUUUUAUCAUCAUAUUUUAUAAAAAAAUUUAUAGUAAAUUAUAUGAUAUGAUGAAAAUAAUGGUAUCUUUAGAAAGACUAAUGGCGAGAAAAACUGUAUAUACUGUGUUGGUACCAGGGCCGGACUGGGGAUACGAAGCAGCCCUGGAAAAAAAUCUAUGCCAGCCCCAUAAGUCAUUGUGCUAUGUAGGGUGUUUAUAUAUAUAUAUAUAUAUAUAUAUGCAAUUGAAAUAGUUGGCUGCACUCUUGGAUUUCCUUUAAAUGUAACUUUUAUUGAAAUAUUUAAGAGAAGAUCAACGUUUCAGUCCCUCUUGUGGACUUGCAUCAGGAUCAUGACGAAAGUCCACAAGAGGCACUGAAACAUUGAUCUUCUCCAGACCAGUCUGGUCACUAAGGGGUUAAGCAUGGCUUAUUUUGCUGCAUAAUUCUCAUGUUAAAUUUCUUGUUUCUCUACUUACUUUCUAGUGAAUAUGGUUUUGCAGAGAAGGUUGUGGAAGGCAUGUUCAUUGAUGUUGGCUGUGUCAGUAUAAAAAUUAAAUCCCGUACAUUUCGAGCAUCACUUCAGCUCUGGCAGUUUCAAGGAUACAGUGUAAGCCCAAAUUGGCAGCAAAGUGAUCUGCGCUUUACACGUCUUACGCAUCCUCAGUGGGGACAGGUAACAUUCUAAUUUACUUUUUUGCGGUUUGUUGUAAAAUUAUGUCAUACUUAAAGGACUACUAUAGUGCCAGGAAAACAUACUUGUUUUCCUGGCUCUAUAGGGUCCUUGGGUCCCCCUCACCCUCUGGGCCCCCCUCCCGCCGUUCUCUAGGGUGAGGAAGGGGUUAAUCCCUUACCUUUUUUCCAGCUGGGGAUUCUCCUCCUGCUUUUUCCCGUCAUCGGCUGAAUGCGCAUGCGCGGCACAAGCCAUGCGCGCAUUCAGCCAGUCCGUAGGAAAGCAUUCUCAAUGCUUUCCUAUGGACGCUGGCAUCUUUUUACUGUGAAAAUCACAGUGAGAAGCGCGGAAGCGCCUCUAGCGGCUUUCAAUGAGACAGCCACUACAGGCUGGAUUAACCCAUUUGUAAACAUAGCAGUUUCUCUGAAACUUCUAUGUUUACAGCAGAAAGGGUUAAUCCUAGAUGGACCUGGCACCCAGACCACUUCAUUAAGCUGAAGUGGUCUGGGUGCCUAUAGUGGUCCUUUAACCUCCUGUUUUCUCCCUUUCAGGUUCUUACCUUUAAACAGAUCACCUGGCAGACUCUUCGUAUUGAAGCUGAUGCAUCAGAGAGCUGUGAGGAUGCCCCCAGCACUCCUCUUCGUUUGCUUACAAAUUCAGGACGCAUAAAUAUUGCACUUAAGAGAAGGGUAAAAUUCCCCUGCUGCUCUAAAACUAUGCAUUACCCCAUAGUGCUUCAUAGAAUAUGCGUGAAUAACCUUUUCACUUUCUUUAGAUCAAGGACUGUCUGGUGCUCUCCUCUGAGUUGUCCUUCUUCUUAGAUGACCUCCUUUGGGUCCUAACAGACUCUCAACUUCGGGCUUUACUGUCUUACGCAAAGUCCUUGACUGAAGCUAUCCAAAAAUCUGUGCGGCAGAAAAAAAAGACAGGGGGACAGGUGAUAUAUAUUUAUUUUUUUUCUUCCUCCUUAAGUCUCCACCUUUAAAUCACAUCUCUCCUUACUUCCUAUACCACAGUCUUAAAUAAUAUUUAUAUCUCUUAUUCCUUCUUUAGGUCCCAUCUUCACCCACAAUUCCCAAUAUUUGGUCUGAUAGCACCCCUCCUCCUUCAACAUCUUCUGGUUUAUGUCAGUAUUUUGAGAGAUUUGAUGUGAAGGAGACAUCAUAUCAUCUAUUGAUCUCCAGGCUCGACUUGCAUGUAUGUGAUGAGAGCCAGGCUCAAGGGACAGGUACAUAACCAAGGGAUUAUACAAAAGGAGAUAAUAUUGGACAUGUGCAAAGAUGCAUGCAGUUUAGAAAGCUAGACUAUGAAAAUAUGACACAGAGAAUAAAAAUGUGCGAAGAACAAAAAUCUAAAGCUAGUGAUAAACCAUAUGUAUAAUGUUUUUGAUAUAACAAAGCUCUUGUCUCUCUACAGUCUCAGGUGGGGCUAUCCAGAUGACCCUACACCGAAUCACACUAGACUACUAUCCUUCCCACAGAGCAGGUAAGGGAAAUAAGUAAAAUUACCUAAAUUGUGCUGGAAAGUAUUGCAUUUUGCUUCAAUCCAGGACUAUAUUUGAGUUGUACCUGUAAUACCAUAUCAGGCCCAAAGUUUUUGACCAAUGCCUUGAGCGUGUUUAUACAAUUAGGGAUGCACCAAAAUGAAAAUUCUGGUCCGAAACCGAAAAUUCAGGAUGCCCUUGGACGAAAACAGAAAAUGACUUUUUUCCCCAAAUGAUUUAAAAAAAGUUUUUUCCCCUAUAAUUUUAUUAAUAUUAGACUUUUUUUAUUAAUCUAAUAUGGAAAACUUCCCUUCUCUUUUAGUGGUCGUCCCCCCCCUUAAUGUUCCUCUCUCCCCCCUCUAGUGUUCCUCUCCCCUCCCUCUUUUUUAGUGUUCUUUCUCCCCAGUCCCAUAGUGUUCUUUCCCUCUUCCUCCCCAGUCCCUUAGUGUCCCCCCAUCCCCUGUCCCAUAGUGUUCUUUUCUCCCCUCCCCUGUCCCAUAGUGUUCUUUCCCCCCACUCCCCUGUCCCAUAGUGUUCUUUUCUCCCCUCCCCUGUCCCAGUGUUCUUUCCCCCCAUCACCUGUCCCAUAGUGUUCUUCCCCCUCCCCUGUCCUAUAGUGUUCUUCCCCCCCCCUGUCCCAUAGUGUUCUUUCCCCCUGUCCCAUAGUGUUCUUUCCCCCUGUCCCAUAGUGUUCUUUCCCCCUGUCCCAUAGUGUUCUUUCCCCCUGUCCCAUAGUGUUCUACCAACCUCCCCGAUCCCAUAGUGUUCUACCAACCUCACCUGACCCAUAGUGUUCUUCCAACCUCACCUGUCCCAUAGUGUUCUUCCAACCUCACCUGUCCCAUAGUGUUCUUCCAACCUCACCUGUCCCAUAGUGUUCUUCCAACCUCACCUGUCCCAUAGUGUUCUUCCAACCUCACCUGUCCCAUCGUGUUCUUUCCCCCCCAUCCCAAGUGCAGUAUUCUUGACUUUUUAUGUUAUCAUUACUGUCUUUCAUUGUGCAAGCAUGUCUGUUAAUCUAUGCACUACAAAAAUAAAAAUUAUAUUUUAAAAAAUUUUUUUUUUUUUUUUUUAACAUUCCGGUAUAUUAGACUUGUUUUGGCCUGAAACGGGAUAGGCCCAUUUUGGCCGAAAAUUUCGACAGCCGAAAUUUCGGUGCAUCCCUACCUACAAUAAUUACAAAAAGUACUGCAACAGCGCUCUGGGCAUGCACAGCCCUUAGUAGGGAUGGACAGCAUGAAUGCAGUCAGCUUGGCAUGUAUCCACACUACACUGACAUGUUACUUUUUCCACUUAGAUAGGGGACAGGAGUGCCCUUUAGGUUUGUGCCAGUGAUGCAGUUUGUGUAAUUUGCCUACCCUCUUUUGGUCCUCCACACCUGUCUCGAAUUUACUUACCCACCUAUGUUGAGAGGUAUGCGGUUCAGUAUCUUAGCUAUAGAUAGAAUGCUUUUCUAGGCUAACAGCGGCAGUGUACCACAUUUUUUUUUUUUUUUUUAAAGGCAUGUUUAUUUUAAAUGCUGAAAUCAACUUAUGCAAUAAAUAUGUAUAAAACUUAUAUAUUUUCUUGUAUUGGUUGAUAUUAAAGAAAUAUGUUGAUAUUAACCCCUUAAGGACCAAGCUUCUGGAAUAAAAUGGAAUCAUGACAUGUCAUGUGUCCUUAAGGGGUUAAAGGACCACUAUCGUGCCAGGAAAACAAACUCGUUUUCCUGGCACUAUAUAAUCCUUAGGUCACUCCCACCCUCUGGGCCCCCAUCCCGCUGGACCCCUUCAGCCACUUACCUUAAUCCAGCGCCGGGCUCCCUCGGCGCUGGUGACCUCUCCUCCGACGUCCUCUCCCGAGUGGAGCAGCAUGUGCAGCCAGAGCCGCGCGCGCAUUCAAACUGCCCAUAGGAAAGCUUUACUCAAGCUUUCCUAUAGACGUUCUGCAUGCUCAAUGCGAUUUUCACAUUGAACACCGCAAGAGGCUGGAUUAACGCUGCAAUGUAAACAUUGCAGUUUCUCUAAAACUGCUAUGUUUACAGUUGCAGGGUUAAAACCUGGGGGGACCUGGCACCCAGACCACUUCAUUGAGCUGAAGUGGUCUGGGUGACUAUAGUGGUCCUUUAAAGGAAUAUAUGUUACUCUAAUGUAACUCUUUUUUUUUUCCCCUUUGCCCAUUUCCUAAUACAUUUUAACCUAUUAUUAUUAUUAUUAUUAUUAUUAUAUCAUCAUCUAUAUAGCGCCAUCAAAUUCCGCAGCACUUUACAAUGGGUGGACGAACGGACAUGUAGUUGUAACCAGACAAGUUGGACACACAGGAACAGCGGGGUUGAGGGCCCUGCUCAAUGAGCUUACAUGCUAGAGGGAGUGGGGUAAAGUGACACAAAAGGUAAGGAUAGCAUUAGACUAAUGACAGUUGCAAGAGAGGAAUCAGUCGGGAGCUAUUAACAGUUUAAUUGAUACGCUUUUAUGAAGUAGUGGGUUUUUAAUGAUUUUUUGAAGGAGUGGAGACUGGGUGAGCAUCUAAUGGAGGAGGGAAGCGAGUUCCACAGGAACGGCGCAGCCCUUGAGAAGUCUUGAAGGCGAGCAUCAGAGGUGGGAGUACGGACAGAAGAUAGACGUAAGUCUUCAGCAGAUCGUAAGGGCCUAGACAGGACAUACUUGUGUAUUAGGGAGGAUAGAUAGGUGGGAGCAGCAUUAUGUAGAGAUUUGAAAGCAAGAACCAGAAUUUUAAAUUGAGCUCUGUAUCUUACAGGAAGCCAGUGUUGGGACUGACAGAAGGGUGAGGCGUGGGUGGUGUGGGCGGACAGGAAAAUGAGCCUCGCUGACGCAUUCAUUAUGGACUGUAACGGCGCAAGUUGGGAGCACGUAAGACCACUGAGAAGCGGAUUACAGUAGUCAAGGCGGGAAAGGACAGUGGAAUGGACCAGCACCUUAGUCGCAUCUAGCGUUAAGUAACGUCGGAUACGUGCAAUAUUUUUUAGAUGGAAACGACAGGAUUUGGCGAUAGACUGAACAUGAGGCUUGAAGAAGAGGUCAGAGUCAAAGAGAACACCUAGGCAGCGAGCCUGCAUGAUGGAGCUGAUGGUAGCACCGGUGACUUGGAGUGAGACCAACGCAGGAGUAACAACAGUUGUGUGAGGAAAGACCAGAAUUUCAGUUUUGGUCAAGUUGAGUUUAAGGAAGUGGGCAACCAUCCUGUUAGAAAUAGCAGAGAGGCAGUCAGAUACACUAGUCAAGAGGGACGGGGAGAGAUCCGGAGAGGACAGGUAGAUUUGCAUAGAAAUGAUAUUGGAAGACAAAGGAGCUAUUGAGUUUACCAAGGGAGGCAGUAUAGAUGGAGAACAGUAGGGGACCAAGGACUGUACCUUGGGGGACACCAACAGAGAGGCGUUGGGAAGAAGAAGUGGAGUCAGAGAAAGAAACACUGAAAGAGCGCUGGUAGAGGUAGGAGGAGCACCAGGAGAGAGCAAUAUCUUGUAGACCGAUGUUGCGGAGGAUGAGAAGAAGCUGUUGAUGAUCAACAGUGUCAAAAGCUGCAGACAGGUUAAGGAGUAUUAGCAUAGAGUAAUGACCACGAGAUUUUGCAGUGAGUAGAUCAUUGGAUACUUUGGUCAGUACCGUUUCCACAGAGUGCUUAGCGCGGAAACCAGACUGAAGCGGGUCUAGAGUUGGACUCGAGGAAGUCUGUCAAUCUCGCAUACACAACUCUUUUUUAAGGAUCUUGGAUGCUAAAGGCAGUAGCGAGAGAGGACGGUAGUUGGAUGGGGAGUUAGGGUCAAGUUGGGCUUCUUUAGAAUUGGGGUUACAGUUGCAUGUUUGAAGGGCAAUGGAAAUAUACCAGAGGAGAGAGAGAGAGAUUGAGAAUUUUAGUGAGAGGUGGAGAAUGAGAAGAAGACAUAGUACGGAUAAGAUGCGAGGGACUUUAAUCUAGGGAGCAGGUGGUGGGGCGGGAGGACUGGAGCAGAGCAGAAACCUCUUCCAAUGUCGCGGAUGUGAAUGAACAUAGAACAGCAGAGCGAGUGAAGUUUGGGGAAGUAUUGUAAGGGGAGGAAAAUGAGAGAUCUCUUUCCUGUUUGUAGAGAUCUUGUCAGUGAAACGAUUUGCAAAGUCUGAGGCAGUCAAGUUAGUGGGUGGAGGAGGAACAAUAGGACGAAGAAGAGAGUUAAAUGUGUGAAAUAGUCGUUUGGGUUCUCUGGAGAGUGAUUUCCUAUUACAUUUUAACCUACAUGAUUGACCCUGCUUGAGAGCUCAUUUCCCCAUCACGGUGUAAUUCUGAAACUAAACCUCAUGCACUGUGACAGCUGUCAAGAAGAGCACAGGGUAUGGAUGAAGGAGGAUUCUCCUGUCAGUCAGUUCUUGGCAUAGCUCUGACAUGUAAUGGAAAAUAACUAUUUUUAUUUAAUCAAUAAAUUUGCUAGGAUUUCUGCUAAAACAAUGUAUGGAUAAAUUUGCAUGCUGUUUCAAGCAUGGAUACCUUCUGUUAUGUCUCAUGAGCUAAAUUCGGCAUCAGCUGAUCACGCUAAGCCUGCAGUAUCAGGCGUAGCUCAGUCAGAGAGCUUUUGGCUCUCUGUCUGAAGCACUGGAAGCAGACCCCGAGUAAGAACCAUUCUAAAACAGUUUGACUAAUUAAAAUUAGUAGGGGGUGGGUGCCAGGGCCCUGCUGGCAUUAUACGAAUUGUAGAGGUUAUGGUGCUUGGAAUGUUCUUUAAGCUCAAGUUGCUGUGUCCAAAGUGUAUAUCCAUAAACAAAUAUGACUUGCUUGUUAUAUAAAAGAGAGAAUCAUUUGUAUGUAUAUCUCUGAAGCGAACAGAGACAUGAAAAUACCCAUCCUGUUUAAAAAAAUAAAUACACUGAAACACACAUUUUAUGAUUCCAAUGAAUUCAGUUUAGAAAAAACAUUGCAUUUAAAAGUUCCCUUGAUUUCUCAUUCAACAUAAAAUAAUGCAAAACAAAGAAACAAUAAAUGGCCGCACAUACCCACAGUGUACACAGUGGGUAAACUUUAAGAGAAAAAUGAAAUAUAAAAAUAUAGUUAUAAUUUUGUUGAAUUUACAAUAAUUGAAAUUGAGUGUAACCAAAACAAUCUAGCAUCAGGCAAAUAAUAGAUCUAAUCGAAAAAGUGCAGACGCAGACUAUAAAAUUAAUAAAAGGAAGGGAACAUUUUAGUUAUGAAGAAAGGUUAACACAUUUAAAUCUUUUUGGUUAAAAAAAAACGGCGCCUCAGAGGGGAUAUGAUAGCAUUAUACAAAUAUAUGCUGGCCAAUACAAACCAUUGUAUGGAAAUCUAUUCACAAACAGGACAUAGAACAUGAGAGUGUACAUUUAGACAGGAAGAAAGGAAAUUUACUCUAAGGCAAAGGAUGUGGAAUUCUCUGCUUUAAGGGGUGUUUUUUUUCACAGUCUUUCAGAUGUUUAAAAGACAACUGGCUGCAACAUGUACUAAAGUCACAGAUGCUAAGAAAAGCUUAUAUUCCAUACUCUGUUCUGACAAAAUCUAGUUUCACCCAACCUUAAAAUAAAAAAAAUGUGCACAGUAUUUUCUUAUGCCAUGUUAUGUUUUGCUAUUGAGAGGCUUCCUACAGCUAUCGUGGCGUAGCAAGCAAGAUUCUUCAAUUCAUGCACAAACAAAAUAAAGAAUAAAAAAAAAAGACAACUGGAUGAAUACUUGUGAAAACAUAAAAUUCCGGGAUAUCAUUUUUAAUUAGUGGGGUAAUAGCUUCUUGAUCCAAGGAGAGAUCGGACUGUCAUUUUGGAGUCAAGAAGGAUUUUCUUCCUAGUUUGUUGCAAAACUGGAAGUGCUUCAAACUGAGUUCUUUGCCUUUGUUUGGAUCAACCGCAAAAACAGAUGUGAGAAAGGCUGAACUUGAUGGUUGCAUGUCUCUUCGUCCUAUGUUAUUAUGGAUAGUAUAGAGUUCAGAGCACCUAAUUUAGAGAAGCGAAAUUCAAUUUUGUAAAUGUGACUCCCAUCUUCUUGCAGGGCAAAGCUGUGCUCACUGGCUUCACACCUCCUCUGCAAUGGGAACAUGUGAGCAAUGGUUAAAGGAUUUAGCGGAAGAAAGGAAAGAGGGUGAGGAACCGGAACUCAGUAAAAUGGGAAAGGCAUCUGACUUAAAACAAAGGCAAAGUAUGAUGGCAUAUUACAUCUGAUUACACCUUUUAAAAACAUUUUUGAUCUACUUUUUUCAUCCCCUGUAUACACAAUUAUUCUAUUCUUUCUAUUUUACUCCCAUUUCACUAUCUUUAUAUACCUGAUCACUUGGUUCUCUGCUUUACUAAUCUUUUUUAUUCUUCUGCCUACACCACUUUCUGUCUUCUGCAUUUCGUACUGAGUGUUUUAAAUUCCAUAUGCAGAUGGCAAGAAUCCUUCCUCCCCUUCAUUAUAUUUCCGCUCAGUGCUGAUCCGUGUAGACAACUUGGACAUACAUCAAGUAAGAUAUGUGAAGAGGAAAUAAACCAUGUCUGUACACAGGUCAAUUACUUUUUUUUUUUUUUUCUUUUUUUUUUUACUAGAGAUUAAAAAACUAAAUAAAACUGGGGGACAUAAUGUAAUGAAGAGCUGGAGCUUAAGAGGAUGGGGAUAAUGAAUAGGAGUUUAAAGACGUAUUACCGGUCUGUAAAGCGGCUGGGUUUAAAUACGUUUUUCAAAGGAGAUAAAUAAACACUGUGCAUUUUAAACUAAAUAUAUUUAUUUUGCUGAUGUUUGAGCAGUUAAAAUGAAUCUAAGCAUUGUUGUGUUGAUUAUUGUAGCAAUAUGUUCUGAUUGUGACAUGUGCAUAUGACUGUGUAAUUUGCAUUAGUAGUAGAAAACCAAAGUGCCCUUGGUUGUUUAAUGACUCAACCCUGUUAGGGGAAGCUGCAUAGUAGAGUAGUAAGUGGUGUUUCUCCUGGGGCUGUACUGUAGCCCUGCCUGCUAGACCGACUUUGAUACCCCAGGGACUAGGGUGGUGUCCAUUAGGGAAAUGUGACAAUAGAGACCCAAGUUUGUGAGGUGUGAGUUUCAUGUGGUCCUGAGAUUAACCUUUAUGUCCGGGCAAAAGUGCGAACAAGAUUCAGUGGCAAGAAAUCGUAAAAGAAAAGAUAUAUGUGUAUAUAGUGUGUAUUUUUUCUUUUAUAUCCUUUCCUUUGUCUUUCUCCUUUCCUUUCUUUCUCUGCUUCUUCAUAUAAUUUUCACCACAACUAAUGCACCUAUAUCUGCUCCCAAGGAGGAGCUACUGUUUGGUAUACUACUGAGGCAGAAAUAGCUCUCAAUACUGCUUUAUCUAUAAGGGUCGAUAAUGGCCAGUUAUAUUAUCCACUGAUGGUCAUGGGCUGUUAUGUGUGUGAGGAGAAAACCACAUAAUCAUCUAAGCCAAUGUUACCUCAUACAUAUAUGCACUCUUGUAGAACUGGAAUAUUUUAAGGAUGUAACACUGAAAUAAUGCUAGAAUUCCCUUGUGCAACUUGUUAAGUACAUGAUAUGUUCUGUUAUGCUAAAGCUGCAAAUGUUGUGGUGAAAUAAUAACUACAUAAAAACUAAAAUAAACAUUGUCAAUAAAAAAUAAAAAUAUAAAAGUCAUGUGAAAAUAAGAAAACUAAGGAUAUGACUAAUUCAUUAUAUCAAGUAAUUGCUAUUUACCUUAGGUAUCCUCAUCUGGUCACACACCACAGAAGCCUCCUCUUGUUUCUUGUGCACGUAUUCCCAGUUCUUGUUCUGCUGUCCAUCUACAAUAUACCGAGUAUUAUUGCUUACCGGGAGAGAGCCUUCCAGGUACUUUAGCUUUGCUUCAAUGUCACUACUGUAGCUUUCAUUCAAACUUAAUGGUUAGGUAUUUCGACUUCUAUAUUCUCAAAAUGUUCUAUUUUUAUUUAUGUAUUUAAUAUUUUGCAGUACCGUCUCCUGCGCUAUACAUCCAAAUCCAUGGUUUACUGCUCUCUCUUGCGGCACCUACCAUCUUAUGGUUGAAUCUCUUUAUGCUGGAUCUCUCUCACCACCUGCAGCAGUUUGCUGCUGUAAGUUCCACAGUCGGUGAGGGAAUCACUGAUAACAGAAACAUUCGCCUAGACGGAUUCAACCUCAAGGUGCAUACUAAUAGAUUGCCUGUGUAAAUUGUUUUCUUGCUUGUUUAACGUAUAUGCUCCCACAUCAUUGCUUUACAUUAUCCUUUUAUUAUCCUCCCUAAGUCUUCUCCAUCAUGUAUAAAAAGCAAACAUUUAAUUUAUUUUUAUUAUGCUAUUCUCUUUUUUUCCUUCUAUGCUUUUCAUUUUUUGUUUAAAUGAUCCCAAAACUCUCCUGUGUUUGUUUCACUGCUUUUAUUUUUUCCCCUUUUUCUCACAGCUCAGUUUACCUGUAGAACCUCCUACAUGUAGCCCUCCAGAACGCCCCUCUUCUGUCUGUGCCCAAAUCUCUAGGGUUACCCUGACAAAUACACGACAAGCCCCAGGUUCCUCGCUUGACCUCCUGCAACGUACCUUCCGGUUAUUUGCUGCACAGCCACUACUUCAUUGGCCACCAGGACCCUUGCAUCCUGUGUUUGUUUCCCAUGCAUAUCCAUCUUCUUCUCCCCCUUGCACAUCUCUGUGGAGCUUGCACAGUUCUGGCUUAUCUGUAAGUUUUGGGGGAUCGGGUCUCAAGCACCAGAAACUUCUUCAUCCAAUUUCUUUUACUGCUUGGGCUUGCCUUCUCCACCCUGAGCAUCAUCUGCAGGUGCUGUUGAAUAUAGAAGAUUUGAUAAGGGUGCAGCUCAAUCACUAUCAAUACCUCACCUUGCUCCGUAGCCAAGAGCAACUGCAAAGUCUACUAGAGAACCUGCAGAAAUUUGAGCCUUUGUCUUCAGAAAUUGCACUGACAACUCCUUCUGCAUUUCCUACUUUAGUGUGUGUAGGUCUGCUGAUUUCAACUGUGAAUUUGUCUCUCCUAUUCCCUGUAACUGCUUGCUUGGAAACCCCACUACAACUGGGAGACUCUGAAAAGAGCAGCCUAAUUGGGUUGGAUUUGGCUGAAGGACCUGAAAAUGGUGGGGAAAUGUCAAGAGCAAGUCCCACCAAAGAUGGAAAAGUUCCCAUCACCGUUCAUGCCAAGGAGGCACAACAAAAAUCCCUGGAUGGUACUCUGCAUCAAAAUCAACCUGCUCAAGAGGUUCCACAAAAGAUGCUUAAUUUAAUGGAGUUGGCAAAAGAUGCAAUGGGAAAAACAGAGGUGGUUAGAGAUGCUGUACAGAGGACAGAGCUGGCUGUAGAUGGACUGCAAGGGAAAGAGUUUACAUAUGAUACUUUGCUAAGCACACUUGGUCUGACACAAGAGAGACUCAGUUUGGGGAAAGAGAGAAUGCAACGCUUCUUGAGAGAUACAAGGCAAAAGUGUGUGAUCGAUGUCCCACUGCAUGUUUCUGUUUUUUUAGUUUUCUUGUAAUACCUUCCUUUUUGCUAUUCCUCUUUUGUUUCAUGUAUUCUUUUCUAUUUCUUACUGGGGGUUUUUCUCAACUCUGUAUUUUGCUUUGUUUCUACUUUCCAAUGCUAAAUGAACAAUAUCUGUUUUGUUUCUUAGAGAUAAUGAUGCUUCCCACUGUCGCUCCAAUGCAGCAAUCUCUCGAACACAGUCUCAACAAUCUCUUGAAACUGCCUCCUUAGAGGGCAUUGAUGUUUUGUCUCUCGACAGUGAAACUAGUGAUGGCUUCACUAUUUUACUUGAAUCUGGUAAUCUUGACAGUGAUAUUUUGUAUUUACAAUUGUGUUAUUAGUGUUCAGUCUCAACUAAAAUAAAGCUGUUAUACCUUAUUUCAGGAUUCACAAACCAGUCUCCAAGGCACAGAAAGUUUUCAAAUAUUUGUCAGUUUUCCUGUCAUAACAGAAUUGGGAAAUGCCUAAAUCCUGGGCCAUUUGUAUAUCUUGAGGAUUGAGUUGGGAAUCAGUGCCUUAUAUAGUGAUGUUUUUACCAUUACUGAUUUGCACAAAUAAAUCUUACAUAUUGUUUGUUUUACAAUUUCUUUUGCCUAUAGAUAUGUCCUCAGCCCCACAAAUACUUUCUGUUUAUUGAUUCAUUGAAAGUGUACAAUAUAUUGAUAAAUAUAUAAAAAAAAAAAAAAAAGAUUCUAAAUAUGACAUUUGAAAAGCUGUGCUUUGUUUAGCUCACUAUCUCUUUUCCUAGAAAAUGUAUUGCAUCCUGGGGAAGCUGAUAGAAGUGGAGAAAGUGCAGAUGAUAUAUCACAAAGUACUGAGGGACCCGAACCACAGCAGGUCAGUGACUAUAAAACAUGCCAGUGAAAAUUGGGCAGAAAUCGGUACUAGAUGAGGAUAAGCGUACAUGAGUUCAAGAAGUUAUGAAAAACAAUUAUACAAAUUAGUGAUCGACCGAUGUCCCCCCUCCCAGGCCACAGGUACGGGGGAGGGGGGGGAUAUACAAUAUACUUGUUUUUAAAAACAAAAUAGAAGAAAAGUUAUAUUUGCUUUGAUCUGCUUCCCUCCCUACCACACACACAAUAACACCCUACACAUUCACACAUUGCCCCACACACACACAAACUGCCCCCUCACACAAACACUGCCCCCCCGUACACACCUUGCCACACACAUAAACUGCCCCAAUACACACAUGCUGCACCUCUCACACAAACAAUGCCCCUCAAAACACACACUACCGCUCAUACACACAACCUGCACUCAUCACACACACGGCACCCCUUACACCCAACCAGUGCGUGUAAUGCCCUAUGUACCUGUGGCCAGGGAGGGUGGAAUAAAAUGAUUUUCUUUUUAUUUGAUUUUUUUUAAUGUAAUAAUUAUAUAUAGUCACUCUAGAUACUGUUUCUUUGCUCUAGAUUUUGUUGUUAACACUUCGCAGUGUCAGUUGUGUGUCACAUCUGCAAGGGAAUGAUAUCUCGAUUAGUGUUGAAGCAUUGGAUGCCUCCUGUGGACUAACUCCAGAGAGUGAUGAAGGUGAGAAUAUAAGACCAUGCAUAAGAGAGAGCUCAAUAUAGAUAUAGAAAUAUAUCAGUGUUUGAGUGGGGGAUGAUGCAAUAAAUUCAUAAAUAAAUUAGGUUUUACUGAACAUGAAAACUUUUUCAUUGCAAAUGUUAGAUGCAAUUGAUAGGCCUUAUGCUCUUCCUGUGUUUUUUUUUCUCCCUUUUCAAAUCUCAGCAUAACUCACAUUUCACAAAACCUUCUUAACUGGAAGGUAAUCAUUGUAACAAUGAGAGAUUAAGUGUGAGCUGAUUUGACCCCGUCCACAGCCAUUCACUGUCUUCUUAUCUUUAUAAUAUAUCAAGGAAAGAUGGGCAGAGAAUAAGUAGUCCUUUAAAAUGUACUGUAAUUUCCUUCAUUAACCUUCAUUGCCUCUGUAUUUAUAAUGCUUGAAUAUGGUGUUUGAAAACACAAACUACAUGACAUGAGUAUAGCAACGUCCCACAUGAAUAUGUGCCUAAAAGUUUUAUUGGACAUCAGCAACAUAAUUUCCAAAUUAUACUACGGGCUGUGAUAUUAUAGCUUCCUAUAAUAUCACAGCCCAAUAGUGGAAUUUCCCACUGACAAAAGUACGCACUUCUUUAAUUAAACACCUUACUUUUAUUUCACCUGUUUUCAUAAAGUCUUUUUCCCACUAACUGCACAUGCCUCCUCUCCACCAUAAGUAAAUCUCUUAAUUAUGUGCCUAAAUACUCAAGCUACAUCACUAAUUAAGAUAAUAUAUAUACUUAUAUAUAGACUACAGUAUUGUGAAGUCCUGGCACAACACUAGCUGUACAGAGGUUUAUGGCAUGUACAUAUCAGAAUAGUUGAUGAAUCUGCGUGUUACUUCUUGUUUAGGUGAAGGGAUUAACCCAACACAUAAAACUUGAACCAAUGCUAUCCUAAAAGUAUGAAAGAGAUAGCAUUACAGGACCUUAAGUUGGGCAGGCUUAACGCAGUGCCAAUAGACAGACUGUAAGAGCACUGUGAAGGCUUAUUUAUAGGUUUGCCGUUGUUAGCUAGGCUUACGUCAUUCCUGUGCACCUAGAGAAUGACACUGCUCUUGUUGUGUCUGAAAAUUGAUGCUGGAACGUCUUUUUACAAAAGGACGAGGACUGCUUCACAAUUGAUGCUCAAAUAAUGCAGCCUUUGCUGAACAUCAAAGCCGAUGCGAGAAGGAGGCGAAGGAUGAAAAGAGAAACAAAGAUCCACAUGUAACCUUACACCUGAUUAAAGGCUUUUUUAUUCUUAAUAUUACAUUUUCAUCUGGUCGCAAAUAUUAAAGGGUUACCCAACCAAACAGUGUUCUCAUAAAACACUGUUUUUAGUUAUAGUAACCUUUUGCUCCGCUGGCAUGCCUCCACAAAUAAAAUAAUAAAAAGUCUGAGUAGUGAUUUAAAUCAACUUGCUUUAAAUCAAAUCCAUUCUGGUUGUAGUGGUAUAGUGUACAUAUAUUAAAGUUAGUGGAGAAUGUCCUAUUUUCUUCUUGCGCACAGGUUUAGUGACAACUACCCCUCCAUCUUCACCAUCUCCAUGUGUUACGAUGAAGUUUGAUUUAGGACCUGCUGCAGCACAUCUCUCGCCGCUUGCCCUUCACAAUGGCUUCUUGCAAGUAAACAUCCAAAGAUUUUGUUCAGAACUGCCAGUAUCUUCCCUAACACACAUUGGACCAUUUCUGGAGGAUGAACAGAUUUCUGAAAUAUUACCUAUGAUCAUCCAGAUUACCAACAGUAGUAUUACACUCAAGGUUAGUCCAUGUGAAUUGUCACAAACAUAAUAUCUGUAUCACGGAAAUUAGACUUGUGUAACAAAUGUUUCAAUCAAAAUAUAGUUCUUUUUUUGUUAGUGAGUGUGUCGUAUACACAUUUAGAAAGUUUGCAACCAGUUUCUGAGUAGAAAAGCCUGGUGGUUUGCUACAGGGGUUUUAAUAUGUAGAAUAUAUGUGAUAAACUAGAGUGUUUUCUAGCCAUGGACAAUGAUUGACAUAGUAUCCACUAUUUCUGGGAUUAUUCUACUUCGUUCUGUGGAGCACAUUUUCUCUGAUAUGCAAAAAAAGCUUUAUCACUGCAGCUGCUUUCAAAUACAUUUCUCUUAAAUGUUAAGUCAGCCAAAGAGCUGCCUGAGCAGCGUGUAAGUGCAGUCCACUGUAGCUGCUGUGAGAAACGUUUAUGUGAAACAAAUAUAAAUUAUGAGUGUGAAAGGAAUUGCUGUCAUUUCUAAGUGUAUGUCAGAAAAGGGUAUUUGUGGUUUGUCUGCUUGCGCAAGGGGAAUUGGUGGUGUGUAGAAUGGGAAAUUGAAUGUGUUUCUAAGUGGGAAAGAAAUUGAAGGUCUUUGAGUGUGCGGGAAGAGAAAUUGAUGGUUUGUUUAGAAAAGGAAAUGGGAUUGGUUUUGUUUGUGGUUUCUAUUUUGACAAUUGUUGUUUCUAAGUGUUUAAUAUGUAUAAGUGAGGUUUAAUUGGACUGUUCCUGAUGUUAAUUGAUGGUGUUCUGAAGUACAAGGAUUUACACCACAACAUAAUUUUCUGAUGCCAUCCCAAGAUAUAAACAUGAUGGUUUGUUGGUUGGGCCAAUUACCCUCUGUUACACUCGUUGAUACAAAACCUUUGUUUAAAGAUAGACAGAGUUGUAGUUCUGACCGGAUGGCCCUGCCUCUCUAUCCCUUCACCCCUUUUCCCAAUAAUUUCAUUUGCUUUACCACAUCGGGCAUCUUUACUAUUUGUUAUCAGAAUACGCCUCUGCUCACCAAACCAAUUUAUGCCAGGUCAUUAGAAAAAUUGGAAUGACAUGUACAAUUUUAGAUAAUAAGACAUGACAGCUGCAAACACUACUUGCAAUCAGAACACUCCUACACUCCGUUAACCCCUAACACUCCUCACAACACAACAGUUCUCAUACUCCUUACUUCUGCCCAUUAUGCUUUUCUCAAAGUACUUGCUCAUCUGAGCAAUGCUCUAUCUUCUCCUCUUUUCCUUUUCUCUCCUCUCCCUUAGCAUCAAAAUACAUCACUCACCAACAUAAACACAUCCAAAUUAAUCCAUCUCUGCUACACUUCCCACUUGUCUCAUCUCAUGCCCUGCACUCCUUUCUCUAUUCUCUCUCACCUGCUCCUACCCAAUCUCAUCUAGACCCCACCCAUAUAAAACCCAUUAACACCUACUGUCACUAUCUCUCCUCCUACUUCUAGCUGCUGGUGAUGUCUCUCCCAGCCCAGGGCCCUUCACCUCGUCUGCUCACACUAAAACAACUAGAAAGCACACAAACCUCAUCCAAAUACCCUGCAGUUUAUCCUCCUCUACCAACAUUCAAUGUGCACUCUGGAAUGCCCGUUCCAUCUGUAGCAAUAUUAAAUCAUCAGCCAUACACAACCUCUUCAUCUCUAAUUCCCUCAUACUACUAGCACUCACUGAGACCUGAUUUUCCUCCUCUGAUACCGCUACUCUAGCUUCUUUAUGUUUCGGUGGACUACAAUUCUUCCACACUCCUAGACUCAACUGUAAAGGCUGUGGUAUAGGCAUCCUUCUCUCCCCUCAAUGUACCUUUUAACCUACCCUCCCUGCCCCUGCCCUAUCCUUUAUUUCCUUUGAAGUUCACACUGUCUGCACAUUUAAGCCCACUCCUUUAAGAAUUGCCAUCAUUUAUUGCCCCCCUGGUCAUCCGAGGCUAUUCAUUGAACACUUUUUUUCUUCCUGGCUACCCCACUUUCUUUCCUCUAGCACUCUAGGACUUUAACAUCCCAAUCAACAACCUCAACUGCCCUGAUGCCUUCCGUCUGCUCUCUGUAACCUCCUUCUUCGGCCUCACACAGUGGUCUACUUGAGCAACCCAUACAGCAGGAAACACUCUUGACCUCAUCUUUACCAAUCUCUGUACUACCUCUAAUCUCUCCAAUGUUCCAUUUCCUUUAUCUGACCACCAUCUGCUUACCUUUGACAUCAGCAUUCCCCUUAAACAAAUUUCACCAUCCUCAACUCUCCAAUCUCGCAGAAACCUCCACUGCCUUGAUCUCCAGCAUUUCUCCACCAAACUCCAAACUCUCCUUUUACCCAUCUCAAAUCUCACCUGCCCUAACUCUGCAAUCUCACUCUACAACUCCACUCUCUCCUCUCAACUAGACUACAUUUAAACGCAGCAAGCGUUCCCAAUUACAACCCUGGCGCACCCAAUAUCUCAAAAAAUGUUCCAGAACUGCUGAAUGCUGUUGGAGAAAGUCUCACUCUGCACCUGACUUCCUCCAGUAUAAAUUUAUGCUGUGCUCCUACACUCUGGCUCUUUCCUCUGCACAAGUAAAUUACUUCAACACCCUCAUAAGCACACUUUCCCCCAAGCCCAAAUGCCUAUUUCACACGUUUAAUGCUCUCCUUUGCCCUGUUGCUCCCUCUCCUCCUACCACCAUGUACCCCUCAAACUCUGCAACUCACUUCACUGAUAAGAUUUCUACAAUCAGGGAAGAGAUCUGUAACCUCUCUCCAUCCCUUCAAUACAUCUUCCAAUACAUCACUCAACCCCACUCACUCCACUGUUCUAUGCUCAUUCUCACCUACUACAACGAAAGAGGUUUCUGCUCCGGUCCUCCCGCCCCACAACCUGUUCCCUCGAUCCUAUUCCCUCGUAUCUCAUCCGCACUCUGUCUCGCUUUCUUGCUCUUAAUCUCACCCUUUCUUCUGGCACAUUUCCUUCACCCUUCAAGCAUGCAACCAUAGCGCCAAUUCUGAAAAAGCCCAACCUUGACCCCAACUCCCCGUCCAACAACCGCCCUAUAUAGCUACUGCUGUUUGCAUCCAAGAUCCUUGAGAGAGUUGUGUAUGCGAGAUUGACAGACUUCCCGAAUCCAACUCUUUGCUUGACCCGCUUCAGUCUGGAUUCAGCGCUCAUCACUCUGUUGAAACAGCUGUGACCAAAGUAUCCAACGAUUUAAUCGCUGCUAAAUCUCGCGGCCAUUACUCUAUCCUAAUUCUCCUCAAUCUUUCUGCUGCCUUUGAAACUGUUGAUCAUCAACAGCUUCUUCUGAUUCUCUGUAAUCUCGGUCUACGAGAUACUGCUCUCUCCUGGAGCUCCUCCUACCCCUCCCAGCGCUUUUUCAGUGUUCCUUUCUCUGGCUCUGCCUCUUCUCCCCAAUCCCUCUCUGAUGGCGUUCCCCAAGGUUCUGUCUUUGGUCCCCUACUGUUCUCCAUCUAUACUGCUUCUCUUGGUAAACUCAUCAGCUCUUGUGGCUUCCAUUAUGAAUUAUAUUCAGAUGACACGCAAAUCUACCUGUCCUCUCCUGAUCUCUCUCCGCCCAUCUUGACUCGUGUCUCUGACUGCAUCUCUGCGAUUUCCAACUGGAUGGCUGCUCACUUUUUUAAACUCAACCUAUCCAAAACAGAACUUCUGGUCUUCCCUCCCUCAAGUGUUGCUACUCCCGUGUCUGUCUCCCUCCAAGUCAACGGUACCCCCAUCACCUCUACCUCGCAGGCUCACUGCCUAGGUGUUUUCUUUGAUUCCGACCUCUCCUUCACCCUCAAGUCCAGUCGAUCGCCAAAUCCUGCCACUUCCAUCUCAAAAAUAUAGCUCACAUCCACCCUUAUUUAACACCAGAUGCGCUGGUCCAUGCCGUUGUUCUUUCUUGCCUUGACUACUGCAGUCCCCUUCUCAGUGGUCUUACGUGUUCCCAGAUUGCACCGGUGAAUGAAUGUGCUGGCAAGCCUCAUUUUCCUGUUCGCCUGCACCUCCACGCCUCCCCCCUCUGUCAGUCCCUACAUUGGCUUCCAGUUAGAUAGAGGGCUCAAUUUAAGAUUCUGGUGCUUGCUUGCAAGUCCCUACAUAAUGCUGCUCUAACCUACCUAUUUUCCCUAAUACAAAAGUAUGUCCCGUUGAGGCCCCUGCGUUCUGCUGAAGACCUACGUCUGUCCUCUGUCCGUACUCCAACAUCUGAUGCUGACCUCCAAGAAUUCUUCAGGGCUGCACCUUUUCUGUGGAACUCCCUUCCCUUCUCCGUUAGGCUUUCACCCAGUCUCCACUACUUCAAAAAAUCUUUCAAAACACUUCAGGAAAGCAUAUCAUUUAAACUGUUAGCGGGUUUUCAUUCUCUCUCCUCUCUCCCCAUCCCCGUCCACCCAUGACUCCUCUCCUGCAACUGUCAAAAAUAAAUAAAAUCUUAUCACCGAGAAGAAGACCAACCUCAAAAAAGUUUGAAGUACAUUAUGAAAAAUUAAAGCUAAAAUUAUUGAUCUGGAAAAAUCUGCCUUUUAAGAUAAUAAGCAAAUUAUGUAAUCCAUAAUAUUACGAAAAGGGGGGGAAAAAAAGAUUUUUGUUUAAUUUAUAUUUAUUGUAUAUUCUUUGCUGAAUUUUGGGGAACAAGCGCUGAACUCAUUUUCUUUUAAAGGGAAACCAUAGUGCCAGGAAAACAGAAGAAGUUGAAAACGAUGUCCCUUGGCGCUUGUUCUGGUCCGUUGACCUAAUGUGCAUACAUGGCAAUGGGCGUGCUUGUGUUAGGAUUGCCCCAAAGGAAAACAUUAUACAAUGCUUUCCUAUUGGGUUUUGAGUGAUGCUGGACAUCCCUAUGCAUAGCAUGAGAACAUCCAGUCGCAUAACAGCCUGCAAAUCUCUCUAGUGGCUUAAUGGUGGAGUUAACCCUGAAAGGUAAUUAUUGCAAUUUAUUUAAAAACUGCAAUAAUUAUCUUUGCAGGAUUAAGGGAACUUGGACACUGCACCCAGACCACUUCAGGUCUGCUUAAAAAUCACUGUAUACAAAGGCAUAUAUAUUGUUUUGUUUGUUUAAAUUAUAUCCCACUUUCUAGUUACUCUAAUAUUAACUGUGCACUCUGUGACAGGAUGAUGGGCCACGAAUCUACUUUUCCCCAUUGCUACCUCCACCAGUCACCCUCACCAUUCAGAAAAUCCAGGUUCAACGGAAAGAGGAUGGGACUUUCUACAUUACAGGUAUGAAUCCAACAUAGUGGAUUAGCUAUCUAAUUUGUCAAACUUUGAUGCAACAGUUUUUUUUUUAUUUUUUGUUUUUUAAUUAUAAUCAAUUAUUUUAUGCUGCACUGUUUUUUUCAAACCAUUUCUCCUAUGUGAUUGUAAAGUCUUUUAUUUUGUAUAAUUUAUAUUAUUGUUGUCAGUUAUACCUGUGUUGUUCAAUGCUUAUAUUCUUGUUGAGUGAUCAUUUUUCAUUUUGCCUUGUUUAAUUGACUAAAUAAUCUUAACCCCUUCGCGACCUAGGACGGUUCAGGACCGUCAUCGGCAUUUUUGCCUUGCAGACCGAUGACGGUCCUGAACCGUCCUAACGGUCUCCGUUACUUACCUGAUCGCCGUCGUUCCCCCGGCGGCGAUCAGCGUUGCUCCGGUUGUGGGGAGACUGCCUGCAGCCCAGACAGUCUCCCCACACUGAAUUAGGACCCCCUGUGGCCAUGUGAUCGCUCAACACAGCGAUCACAUGGUCACAAUAGGUGUCCAUAGUGCUGCCUGCAGGGGGACUGUCUGUGCUGACAGGCAGUCUCCCUGCUAGUGUAAAAUCAGAAGAAAAAAAAUAAAGUAAAUGUUAAUAAAAAAAAAUAAUUAUAUAUGUGUAUACAUAUAUUAUAUCAUAUAUAAUAUAUGUCUAUAUAUCAUAUAUAUAUAAUGCCAUAUUAAGUGUAUUUUUAUAUUAAUAUGUACUUAUAUUAAUAUAAAAAUACACUUAUAAUUAAAUUACACACGUGUAUAUAUAUAUAAUAUAUAUAAUUAUAUAUAUUGUUUAUAUAUAUAUAUAUUAUUAUAAAAUAUAAAUAAUAAGUAAUUUAAAUAAUUUUUUUUUUAAAUAAUACAAAUUUUAAAAAAAAAUUAUAUAUCUAUAUGAAAUUUUAUUCUAAUUGUAUUUUAAAAUUAAUAUAUAUAUAUUUAUAUCAAAAUACACUUAGAAUGAAUUUGUAUAUAUAUCUAUGUAUAUAAAAAUAAAUAAAAAUAAUAAGAAAUAUACAUAUGUCCAUAUACAAAAUUACAUAAAUAAUUAUAUAAAUAUACACGUAGACUUCAAAUAUAUAAAUAUGCAUAUAUAUUUAAAUUCUACGUGCGUAUUUAUGUAAUAUUUUUACAUAAUUCAGUAAUUUUAUUGAUUGCAAUUUGAGGGACCUGCCUGCCAACCCAGGCCGAAAUUCCAGAGAAUUGAAUUUGCUAGCACUGUAUUUUACCCUGUAACGUUCUACGACACCCUAAAACCUGUACAUGGGGGGUACUGUUUUACUCGGGAGACUUCGCUGAACACAAAUAUUAGUGAUUCAAAACAGUAAAACAUAUCACAGCGAUGAUAUUGUCAGUGAAAGUUACUUUUUUUGCAUUUUUCACACACAAACAGCACUUUUACUGAUGAUAUAAUUGUUGUGAUACGUUUUCCAGUUUUUAAACACUAAUAUUUGUGUUCAGCGAUGUCUCCCGAGUAAAACAGUACCCCCCAUGUACAGGUUUUAUAGCAUUUUUGAAAGUUACAAGGUCAAAUAUAUGGGUCAAAUAUUUUUACAUUGAAAAUGGCCAGGUUGGUUACGUUGCCUUUGAGAGCGUAUGGUAGCCCAGGAAUGAGAAUUACCCCCAUGAUGGCAUACCAUUUGCAAAAGAAGACAACCCAAGGUAUUGCAAAUGGGGUAUGUCCAGUCUUUUUUAGUAACCACUUGGUCACAAACACUGGCCAAAAUUAGCGUUCAAUUUAGUUUUUUUACUUUUUUCACACACAAACAAAUAUGAAUGCUUACUUUGGCCAGUGUUUUCGACUAAGUGGCUACUAAAAAAGACUGGACAUACCCCAUAUUGAAUACCCUGGGUUGUCUACUUUAAAAAAAAUAUGUACAUGUGGGGUGUUAUUCAGAGAUUUAUGACAGAUAAUAGUGUUACAAUGUCACUAUUGAUAAAUUUUAAAAAUGUAUGCUUUGAAACCGCAAUAUCCUACUUGUACCUAUAGCCCUAUAACAUGCAAAAAAAAGCAAAAAAGCACGUAAACACUAGGGUAUUUUUAAACUCAGGACAAAAUUUUGAAUCUAUUUAGCAGUUUUUUUCAUUCGCUUUUGUAGAUGAGUAAAAGAUUUUUCAAGUAAAAGUCAAAAAACAUGUAUUUUUUUCAAUUUUUCAUCAUAUUUUUUUUAUUUUUUUAAAUUAAAAUACAUGAGAUUAUAUAAAUAAUGGUAUGUAAAGAAAGCCCCUUUUGUCCUGAAAAAAACAAUAUAUAAUUUGUAUGGGAACAGUAAAUGAGAGAGUGGAAAAUUCCAGCCAAACACAAACACCACAAAAGUGUAAAAAUAUGCCUGGUCGCAAAUGUACAACAUCGCAAAAACAGUCCAGUCCUUAAGGGGUUAAACUUCCAAAUGCUGCUCCUAUAGAUUUCUAUUGUUAAUUUAUAUAAUAUAUAACGCAGGACUCCGUUUUCUACCUCUGUCUUUCCCUUCUUGCUAGCAGGUAGAAAGUGGUUCCUGAUUGUGCAGCCUGGGAGAGUGUGGAAUGUGCAUGUAUUUAGUGUAACUGGAAAGAGACCUUCCACGGUGCCAUUUGUUGAUUGUGCAAUAUGAGAGACAGUGUGCAGCACCUUUAGCGUCUCCAUGGUCUGCAUGGAGACGCUGUACACUCCCCAUAAAGGUGCAUUGAUUCUAUGGGAAAGCAUUGGAUGGGCUGAGAUAAUCAAGAUUGAUGAUCCUCGCAAUUAAGGUGGGGCCAGUCAUGGCGAGACCGGUGUGGCGAAGGAGAAAAGGGGGCGACACAUAAACAGCCACUCCAGAACUAAAGUGUUAGGAUUACAUGUUUGCAUUCCUAACACAAUAGUGUUCCUUUAAUUUGAACAUUUUUAGAAUCCAUUAUGUUUAUCCGGUACUGUAUAGAGUAGAUUAGUACAAGGUACAACUGUAGAGUCUUAUUCUUCUCACAUUUAAAAGAGUUUUAUGGUUUUGUCUUUUCAGUUAUUUAGCAAGAUAUAAUCAUAAGAAAUGUAGAUAAGAAAAUAACAUACCAUGUUUAACGGAAACUAAUUGAUGGCACCAUUGAUAUCUUUUACAUCUCUUCACAUUUUGUACAAAAAAAAGUAAUGAUGAAAUAAUGCAUUAGUCUUGUAAAUAUAACUGCAACAAAAUUACCGGUAAUUUGCUUUGCAUUCCCAAUGGUGUUUUUUCAAAAGCACUAUUUAUUUAAUUUGUUAGGUAAAAUUAUCUUGCUUAUGAAUGAUUGGCUGGAGUGAAAUUCUAACAUACAUAUAUGUAAAUAAAAUUCUCAAGCAUAUGUGUGUGUUGGUAAGAUGUCUAGUUUGUAAUUUAUGCCACAGUCAUAAACUUUGCCAUUAACAAAAAAGAAAAAAAAAAGAACUAUUUGCAACUUGCAAUUUGCAACUUCUGUCAUUUAACUUCUUUGCUACUGAGCAUCUUCUGAAUUUCAAAACAUUCAGUUUGUUCAUGGUUAACCCAAAAUAAGCAAAGCAACUAACUAAAAUGCAAAUACGUGGGAAACGUCAAAAGAAUUCAUGGUAGAUAAUACUGUAUUUGUGUAAUUUCUAUGGUAUUGUGAUUUGUUUAGUUUAAAACACUAACAUAGAAUGAUACAAUUUCUCCCAUUAUUUCUAAGCAUUAAAAAAAUAAGCAGGGGCUCUCCCUUAGACAACACAAAAGACACAGACAUACACCAGAACAUCUCCGAAUUCCUAACCCACCUAAACCUACUUAAACUACACACUGCCGCCAUCGCGGAACUAUCCGCACCCAUAACCAAAGAUGAAAUCAACUUGGCCAUAUCAACCCUCAAAAGCAACAAGGCCCCUGGCCGGAUGGCUUUGAGGGAGAGGCUACUAUAAAACCUUACGAGAAGAACUACUCCCACACUUGGAAGCCUUAUUCCAAGACAUAAUGAUAGAGACCCCCCCGAACAGGGACAUGACACAAGCAAACAUAAUAUUACUCCCUAAGCCGGGCAAAGACAACACCCAACCAGAAGCAUACUGACCCAUCUCUCUCAAAUCAUGACAGCAAAAUAUUCGCCAAGAUCCUGGCAGGGAGACUAAAUCCAUUCCUGACACACCUAAUCCACGCAGACCAGGUGGGAUUCAUCCCAGGCAGACAACUGUUCGAGAACACACGCCGAAACAUAGACAUAAUCUGGACACUGGCUGCAGGCAAAACCCCAUCCCUAGUCCUCUCCCUUGACGCUGAAAAAGCUUUCGACCGUGUAAAAUGACCCUACAUGUUCGCGCUACUUGAGCACCUAAGAUUCCCCCCCCCCUAUAUCACAGCGGUACGGAUACUAUACACUAAUGUAUCGGCACAAAUAAAAAUAUCUGGAGCAACCUGCCCACUAUUCAACAUAAGCAAUGGCACCCGACAAGGAUGCCCCUUACUGUUUGUGCUGACCCUCGAACCACUCCUCCAGGCCAUCAGGGAACACCCGUGGAUCUCUGCAGCCCAGAUAGAGGACCACCAGUUCCUGACCCCUGGAUACGCAGACAAUGUAUUGCUCACCUUGACCAACCCCAUCCCAUCCAUGCACGCCCUGCUCCCACUUCUUCAGUCCUACAGCAACAUCUCGGGCUACAAAGUCAACAUAGAGAAAUCCAGUGCACUCCCCUCGAAUCUCACACAGACGGACAUCGCCCAAAUCACCUCAGACCAUCACAUACAUAUCUCACCCAUGUCCCUCACAUAUCUCGGCAUCAAACUACCAGCGGACCCCACCACACUCCAUAGACUACACACCCAUGAAUGACAAACUCAUAUCAGAUAUGGAAACCUGGGUGGACACAACCAUAUCCUGGAUAGGGAGAAUACACUAGGUCAAAAUGAAUAUUCUACCCCGAAUACUAUUCCUGUUCCAGGCCCUGUCCAACCCCAUCACAAAACAUGACCUUGUGCCAUUGUAGCAGGCAAUCGACCGGUUCAUUUGGUAGAACAAGAGACACAGUGUCCUGCAAUAUUCUCUACCUCCCCAAGGCAAGAGGCGGCCUGGGCCUACCCCACCUACAAUUUUACUACCUGGCGGCCCAAUUGACGCAAAUUUCUCUAUGGCAUACCCCCCAAAAAACUAGAAGAUGGGUUGACCUGGAAUCGUUGCUCAUGAAAUCAGAUCUCCCACAAUUCUACAUCUGGACCCCGAGAGAACACAGAGCUCUUCCAAGAACAUCAUGCCCAUCCAUAACCAACUCCAUCCAAUUAUGAAACAGGUUCACCCUUAAGUACGAACUAAUGUCCGCAACCUCCCCCCUCACCCUGUUAUAUCACAAUAGGGCCUUCAUACCGGGUAUGAGGCCAUGGGACUUCAGGGCCUCGAGCGCGGUCGCCGCCAGGUGUCUCCGUGGUCUCCUUCCCGGAACUGCAAUCUAGAGCAACCCUAACCCCAUCUGACUUCUUCAGAUACCUCCAACUCAGAAACUACACCACCCUAGCGACGGUGAAAACCGCCGCCAAAACCAAACUGACCUUCUUUGAACAAAUCUGCCACGAGGAAAAAUAUCAACGGGGCAUGAUUACCCAACUCUAGUCCCACCUCUGUUCCACCACUCAGGAAUGGGUCGACCUGCACUACACCGACAAAUGGGAAACUGACGUAGGCGAUACAUUAGAGGGUAUCGACUGGCAAGACAUAUGGGAGGCCAAUUCAAAAACCUCAUUAUGUGUCACAAUGCAGGAACAAUCCUAUAAAACGAUGUUCCAGUGGUACACCACACCGGUCCAAAUAUACCAUAUGAAAAAGACACCCAGCGACCUUUGCUGGAGAAGCUGCGGAGAAAAAGGGACCUACACCCACAUGUGGUGACAUUGUCCCAAGAUAAGUUUAUUUUGGGAAGACAUCCAAACACUGACAUCCCAGAUACUAUCCAGACCGGUCGAACUGAACCCAUGGACGUUCCUGCUGGCAAAACCCUUUGACAACUGGUCCAGACCAGAACAACAAUUGCUUAACAAAAUCGCCCUAGCAGCCAGAAGGGCCUUAGCUCAAACCUGGCUACGGCCCACCACACCCCCCAUGGCCAUAGUGCUCAACAAAAUUAAAGAAUGCCAUCUCAUGGACAAACUGACAGCCCAAAUACGAGGCUCCCUAAAAACGUUCUCCAAGACGUGGGAACCGUGGGAAAGCUACAUUGACAAGCAAUAGGGACACGUGAACUGACCAGGGACCCGACAGACAAAACAACAACCAAAUCCCUAUCACCUAACCCCCCCCAUCCUGCCCCUCCCCCAACCACCCUCCCCUACUUCUACUAGGUCUCGACAACUGGUACCCCGGCCUACUGUUCAUUGCACCACACAACCAAAACAAGAUCCUAAUUAAACUUACUGUUACUAUUCGUUAAGAAUGUUUUCUUACCCUUCUUGUAUAAAAAUCGCUGACAGAUUGUAGCUACUAUACCAGUGUUCACAAAACAUACCAUGUAUAUUGACUGUGAUUCCGAUCCAACUCUAUACAACUGAACCACGCACAGGCUUUAGCACAAGCCACUAAACAUCAAGAAUGUAAUAACCACUGUCAUUGCAAAAAUAAAGAAUUAUAAAAAAAAAUAAGUGGGGACACUUAUCUUUAUAUUGUCUUUUUGCUUCUUCUUGCCUUUCAACCACAAAAUAAAAAAAUUGCCUAGCCCCUUAUUUCUAUGUAUUUUGAAACACAUAACAUGUGAACUUCAGAAAGGGGAUAUAUACCUAUUUAGGUGACAUUUUACUAUUUAUAGUCCUCUAAAGUUUUUGAUAAAUCGAUAAAAUUAUUUUAAAAAAAAAUAAAAUAAAAGUUGAAUGUCAAUAAAAUUGAGCCAUAUAUUUUUCUCAUUCCUUCUGUUUAGUAAAAUACUAUAGUGGUUCGAAAAUAUAAACAAUUUAGAAAAUAUUAAAUAUUUAUUUUAAAAAGUUUAUAAAAUAUAAACAAAAAUUCAAAUCACUUAUUGAUCUAGUUAUUUAAUGCAUUAUUUCUUAUUUAAAAUGGGCCAUUUUAUAGCAUGUAAACUGUGAAGCUCAUUUUCUUGAAUUCUUUGGGGAAUUGGCACUUCCCCGUACAGUGUUUCAUGUAUGCAUAAUGGCACGCUGUAUCAGACGCUACUCAUAGUUACUCCACUGGCUGCUCCAAAGCCUGUAUCUCAGUGGGAAAAUGAGCUAGAAUAUUUACUGAGGAGCAAUGGCAAAAAAAUUACAUCUAGCUUAUCGGAGUUUGUUUCAUUGAAGAUACAAGAAUUAAAUUAUUAAUUAAUAGCUAGAUUGCACAGGACUCUCCAGUCCCUUCUCUGCAUGUCAAAUAUCUGUUAGGUGUUCUUAAAUAGACCUUAUCAGAACAAUAUGGAAAAUAAAUAUUGGAGUUCUUUAAAAAUCAGUCAGUGGUUAUAGUAUGCUCCCUAAUCCAAACAAUAUGUUUUCUUUAUUCUUCUAGCACAUCUUUGGUUGACACCUUUUCUAGAUGUACAGUGACAUGCAUAACAAUAACCUCUAAAAACAUUACUGUUUCAGGAGAUGACAAACACGAUGACCUAUCACAGCAUAAAGAAGAAUCAUGUAUGAAAUCUCAAAGCAAAGAGGUGAGACAUUGGACUUUUUCAGCACUGUAUAUCAAAAGAUCAGAAACAUGCUAAAGGGAAAAUCUAGGUUAAGAAAUGCAUAUUUUUAAAGUGUUACUCAAAGCACAAUGAACACUUCAUUGAUUUGAAGUGAUCAUGGUGCUUGGAAUCUGUAUGUGCAGCUUCUCAUUGAGAAACACUGCAUAUAACGACUUUACAUUCACAGGCUAGCUAAUGGGAAUACAUAUUUGGUGUCUGUUUCAUCAGGGUGCAUAGCAUGGUGGUGACAAACUACCAUUAAUGGCAUUCACCCCCUCUUGUGCCGCCCAAAUCCUACUGUCAACUGUUCUCCAGAAGUCCCUUCCCCUUCAGCAAGGUGGAGUGAAGUGACGUCACCAGAGGUUCUGGCAGAAUGGUCCUUCCUCUUCUGAAAGUUAUGCAGCUAAGCUAAUCCUUUUUUGCCCAUCACUAACCUCCUUGAUGAUAUUGGUCAGUGUCCAAACACAUGUUUCUCAAUUGUAAGCAUAUUUGGAGGCUAGCAUAAAAAUAUAUGUAAAAAUAGAAAACAUUAAAAUAUAUAUAUAUUCUUAAAUCAUUCUUGGAUCUUUUACAAAUUAUGCCUCGAUUUAGUAUUAUUUGAUAAGCUUUUCAAAUGCUUUCAUAAUUUAUCAGAUUUUUGAUAUUUUAAUAUAUUGAUGCCUCUAUGAAUAAAAUACAUAGUGCUUCUCAGCAGGUUUGAAUGAGUUCUUGUUUCCUCCAGUGAAGGUUUGAUUUCUUAAAUACUAAUAAAGGGCUCACUACAUUUUUGGGUGGAAAUCCUGCAUUCCUCAUAUCAGUUAAUGGAGAGAAUUCUGGUAACAGGACAAAUGUACUGUUAAAAUACAUACAAAAAUAUAAUAUUCAAUAAAUCUUUAUAUUCAUUUUCUUGAAAGUUUUCUGGCUAUCACAUUGUGCUGUUUUAUAAAACAGCAAUCUUCACAUUAUUCUAUUCAAAUUAAGCGUACCUGCCAUUAGCAUAACACACUAGAAAUUGUGGAAAGCUGUAGCCUUCAUGUGGAGUUUGGAGCCCGUAAAUGCCAUUUGUAUUGAAUCAUUUACCACUAUGCCUGCAGAAAGAAAUACUAAAACAGUAUUUAUCUACAACAUUUCCCAUAGACAUCAAUGGUGACUUUUGUAAAUAAAUAAUUUCAAAGGUUUUUCGAACAGAUUGUGAUCACUUUAAAAGCUUACCCAAAAUAUUAAACAGAGGUCUUUGUUUUAUCUCUAUCUCAGCAGGCAUCCAACAAAAAUUGAAUUUAAAUGCUCCAACCUCCACAUAAAUACUGUAGCAUUCCAGAAAUUCUAAAGUGCUAUGCUGCAUGUGUCAUUGAGUGGCAGGUGCCUACAAUAUGAAUAGAACAAUGUGUAGAUAAAUAUUACAUUGAUGCCUACUUACCCAUUUCCUUAUUCCUUAUGAGCGUAUGCCUUAUUUGUGUUUGUUCCAUUAGGUGAUCCAAGGCCCCUGUCAUUAUUUCCCUUCUCUUAACUGUGAGAGUGGGCAAAAAAAACAACAUAAACAAAUAUAGAUAUUUAUAAACACAGUUAUGAAGUAUUUAUUUAUUAUGGGCAAGUAGACCACUAAGGAGUUGUACAGACAUCCUAAUAAACCACAUGGUUUAUAAAUGACUAAAGAAACAAUGGAUGGUGUUAUUUUUCCCCAUGUUCCAGAGUUAUAUAAUUUUUAUAUUUACAUGAUUUGUAAAAAAUUAAAGUUGGGGCGUGUCCUAGACACGGACCGGAGCAGCCGCAUGUAGACAGAGCUCCGUGCCGUGACGGCUAACAAGGAUUAAUAAAAAGCAUAUUUUACAAGAAAACGGAAUAAGAAAACGUCCGAAGCCAUAAUGUCUCAGCCCAAAAGCAAAAGGGCUGGAGAGAAGGGUGAGAAAAACAAUUUCUUCACCUCGAGAGCAGCGCAGGGUAAGGCCUCAAGCCAGGCUGAGCACUCCCAAGAUGGCGCCGGUGGCGAACCUGAAAUGGAGGCCCAGAAUGGUGAACAGGAAAACCCACUGACCCACAACUCCUUGAAAAAGCUGCUUGAGGAGAUGUCAGACAAGAUUGUGGGUAAGCUGGACAACGCUAUCAAAGACCUUUGUAAAGAAAUACAGGAUAUAGGCCAGCGCACAUUGCACGCAGAGGACCAACUCGCAGAAAUGGAGGAGGCCCACAACUCACUGACAGACACAGUAGAAGGCCUGGUUGAAAGACUAAAUAGCCAGGACCUCAAAAUAGCCGACAUGGAGGACCGGGCACGCCUCAAUAACCUGUGGAUAAGGGACAGUGAAAACGGAGAAUCUCUCCGCCCACAUCACGGGCCUGAUGAGAGAAUUGACCCCUGACUUGCCAGAAGAUCUGCUCCUGCUGGAUAGAAUCCACAGAACGGCUAAACCAAAAUCAUUUUUUUAAAUUUGUAUUUUAUUGGUUUUACAGCAAGUAAACAGUAACCAUACACAGUUGCACAUUGUUAAGACAGUGAACCUAAAAGAAGUGCAAGUCGCAGCUUGCUUCCAGAUCGUAUAUUUGCUUGUUUACAGGGCCUAACACAGCUAUUAGGGUGUAAUUUAAGUACCUCGCAAAGCAUUGUGUGCCAUAUACCCACAAGUGGUGCAUAGUAUUAACGUAUGAUUCAGUGUGAAAUCGUAAACUGAAAGAAAACAAUAACAGCUAAUCAGUAAACAUCACAGGAUUAUAUAUCUUAUAGUUUUCCAGAGGUUAAUCGCUGUACCGAAUAUGUUAGCUCAUGUGGCCUGUUGGUUCGUCAGCUGGGUCCAAUUACACCAAGUUUCUCGAAAUUUGAGGGCCUGGGAGAGGGAACUCAGAGACCUUUUUUCGUGAAUGUAAUAUUGUUGUACCUUAUCUUUCAAUUGUGUAAGAGAUGGGCAUAUGGUAUUUUUCCAAUUUGUCGCUAUGAGAUUUCUGGCUGCUAGGGAGGUUAAUGCUAUAAGUUGUUGGUGAAUUGGUUUAACCUUAGCGUCCGGUAGCAGUAAUAUGCAGUUGGAGAUGGAUGGGGAGAAGGCUGAGAGCCCCAACUAUAUCAGAAGUGUUCGGACGUCCUCCCACAGGGGUGUGAUGCCAGUACAGGACCACUAAAUGUGCAUCAUCGUACCCUCCUCCACCCCACAUCUCCAGCACAAGGGAGAUACCAUCGGAUAUAUCUUGUGUAGUUUAGUUGGGUUAAGGUACCAACGGUAAAGUAGUUUUUUGUGGGCCUCUGUGGGAAUAGCAUUUUGUCCAUUUUGACAAUCCAUUUAAAGCACCCAACCAGUCUCACUCCAAGAGGUCCAUGCCCAAGUCCCUCUUCCAUUGGGUUUUACACAGCGGUGGUAUAUCCGGCUGCGUCGCUAGCCAUGUUCUAUAGCAAAUGGAGAGGGCUUUGGGUUUAGUCGGUGUUUCCCUACAUCUGAGCAUGACCAAAGAAGGCAUUAGCGGGUUUAUCGUGCUGACAGGAGUUGGCGAGGGUAGUAAACCAAAAUUUUUACCACCAACCACACCAAGAGUCAUUCUGCUCAGGAUGCACUACUACCAUGCCAAAGAAGCAAUCUUAAAUGCAAGCACAAAACUAAAAGAGAUGCCUCCGGCCUACAGAGGGACGGCCAUAUAUGCGGACAUCUCCUCAUACACACUAAAAAGAAGACGGGACUUCCGAGAGGUGACCACUCAGCUCAGAGACAAUCACCUCCCAUAUAGAUGGGGGUGAUGAGAGAAGGGAAGACUACCAUCAUCGGUUCCCCAGAAGAAGGCCAGUGAGUUCUGAGAGAAUGGAACAUAGCAGCCACGCCACUGACGUACCAAGAGGGGAGCAGAUCCAAAACGCCACAGGACUGGAAAAAGAGACUGUCAGUGUGGACGCUCUAUGGCAACCAAACACACAGAAAUAUCAGCUGCGGGGCAGGGUGACGUAUGAAACCACACCACAUUCACAAUGUAACACAAGUGCUCCAGACAGAGCACGGGGGUGAGAGAGGGAGUACACUAAAGAGCAUAAGGGGCAAGAGAGUAGCGCGACCUCAGACCCUUACUUCCCUCCCAGCUCACCAAGGAGAGUCAUACCAGCUUAGCAUACCCGACCAAACAACAAUAAAAAAAUAAAAGCUACCCACACAACCUCAUUGCACUGAGAACUAGAACAGAGACAGAAAAAGAAGACACGAAUACAAAAAAAAAAAAAAAAGGAAAUGUAUACAAGGCCAACAUAUUACUCAAGGCUUUAGCGUAUAGUUGGGACUUCCCAACGCAAACACCAGAUAUAGCCACAGAGGGAGAAAACUCCCAUAGGACAGGAGGCCAUGCGCCUCUUCCCCCAAGGCACGACAAUGCAGUGCCAAGCCGACUUCACGGUAACACCUGUUUUCAAAAAUGUUUAUGUAAAUACAUUGGUUUAUGUUAUUGUAUUAUUGCAUAUUGUUUUAAGUAAUGUUUACACUCCACAUGUUUCACACCUUGCUACCGAACAUGGGAUAGGGUUAGUGGGUAACCCAACACCAAUCACCGCACAAAUCUUGACAAGACCUGGGAGCCGCAGGCCCAAAAGGGGACCUAAUCAACACACAGAGGGGAACACUGCUCGGCGCGACCAAGCUGGGAAGAGCGGUGACCCCUCAAACCAUAGACUACCACAUAAGAGGUAAAGAGUACCAACCCCACAAGCCACUGUGAUAGUGUCAGGGGCCUAAAUGCUCCAGUGAAAAGACACCUACUCACCAGGGAGGUUAGAGCAGACAUACUAUGCCUCCAAGAAACUCAUUUUAGACAUAACGACCACCCCGCAAUAUUGACCAAUGACUAUCCGCAUCAUUGAUACUAAGCUUAGUCCGGAGAAAGCCUUACUAUUGAUAUCGCUGGAAUCAUACACAAAACCACAAGCUAGACUAAAAUUCCAUAUAUUAAUAGCAGCAAACCUCCUGAUAGCCAGAGGCUGGAAACAGACACAAGCAACUACAAGACCCAACAUCAUACAACAGACAUCACUAAACCUAAUAUAUGAGACAGGGACCUGCCAGCGGCUUCACCCAACAAAGCACAUGGUACAGGCCAGAAACAAGUGGGAAACAUACAUCGAAAGGGAGGAGGGGUCGGAAACCUGAGGAAAGAGAGAGAGGAAGAAAAAAAAAACACAGAUAGAUGUGAGAGGGAUAGAGCAUAACGAAACGGUCAACCGAUGGACCGGAGACGUAGGGACUGGCGCUUCUAACUUGGAGACAUGAAUGAGGUUAAAGAGGACAAACAAAUCAUUAAACGGGCCCCAGGGCUCUGCGGAAAGAGAACCCACAUUAUAAAUAGUUUCUGAGGGUACAGACCCAAAAAACAGAGAACCAAGCUGGGAAGAGCGGUGACCCCUCAAACCAUAGACUACCACAUAAGAGGUAAAGAGUACCAACCCCACAAGCCACUGUGAUUAAUGUCAGGGGCCUAAAUGCUCCAGUGAAAAGACACCUACUCACCAGGGAGGUUAGAGCAGACAUACUAUGCCUCCAAGAAACUCAUUUUAGACAUAACGACCACCCCGCAAUAUUGACCAAUGACUAUCCGCAUCAUUGAUACUAAGCUUAGUCCGGAGAAAGCCUUACUAUUGAUAUCGCUGGAAUCAUACACAAAACCACAAGCUAGACUAAAAUUCCAUAUAUUAAUAGCAGCAAACCUCCUGAUAGCCAGAGGCUGGAAACAGACACAAGCAACUACAAGACCCAACAUCAUACAACAGACAUCACUAAACCUAAUAUAUGAGACAGGGACCUGCCAGCGGCUUCACCCAACAAAGCACAUGGUACAGGCCAGAAACAAGUGGGAAACAUACAUCGAAAGGGAGGAGGGGUCGGAAACCUGAGGAAAGAGAGAGAGGAAGAAAAAAAAAACACAGAUAGAUGUGAGAGGGAUAGAGCAUAACGAAACGGUCAACCGAUGGACCGGAGACGUAGGGACUGGCGCUUCUAACUUGGAGACAUGAAUGAGGUUAAAGAGGACAAACAAAUCAUUAAACGGGCCCCAGGGCUCUGCGGAAAGAGAACCCACAUUAUAAAUAGUUUCUGAGGGUACAGACCCAAAAAACAGAGAACCAGCCAAAAGACACAGGGCUACCAAGGGUAUUUUCCCAUACCCCCCUCCUCCCCUACACCAUCAAAACCUCCUUCCCCCUUACCUAAGGCAACUAAACAACUGCAAGAAACAAUAGCCAAGACAAGCAUCACAUAAGAGCAUGACAAGACUCAUUGGGAACACGCAACUGCUAAAUCCAACUGUGAACGAUGGAAAUGUCUUACUGGAAUGCAAUUGAUGUAACACAAAUGAAAACUCUCCCCCUUUUUCCUUUCUGUAACCCCAGUUUCAUUACCUGAAAAAUAACAAUAAAAAUUGUCAAAUUGAAAAAAAAAAAUUAAAGUUGGGAAUCGGCACCCCAUUUGCCAUACCUCAAUCGCUCUAUACAUAUUUUAUUUAACCCACCAUUGCUCUCUCACUCAUGUCUCUAUUAUUCAACAAAAAAAAAAAAAACAUGUAUCAUAGAGUUAUGUGAACCACUUACAAACAAUCCUUAUGGUUUCCAAAAUAUUGGUGUUAUUUAGGAGUUACCGUAAGUCACUUUGUCACUUUGUUUAUGCAGCCUUAGUCACACCUCCCCUGCAUGUGACUUACACAGCCUUCUUAAAUUUUUCCUGUAAAUAUAGCUAUAAUAUUUACAUUUCUUUUAGUACACAGUCUGUUUUAUUUAGAAUGUUAUCUUCUGCUUUGUUAAUAGCUUGCUAUACCCUGCAGGAGCCUCCUGUGAGGAUUAAAGUUCAUUUUACCGAGCAGGAGAUAAACGUAUCUAAAGUAGGUUAUCAUCUAAUUGAAUAUGAAACCAUUUUUUUCAUGCAGGCUAUGUGAGUCGCAGCCAAAGGAAGUGGGGCUAGGUCUGAAUGGAGAGAAACAAAAGCAAUUUAACUCCUAAAUGGGGGGAUCUCAGUUGAGGAAAUAGAUAAAGCAAUUAAGACAUUUGAAGAUGCCAGUCACAUAGAACAGAUGAAUUUAUCGUAUCUUUUGGAAAUCAUAGAAUGUGACGGCAGAUAAGAACCAUUCAACCCAUCUAGUCUUCCCAAUUUUCUAAAUACUUGAAAUAGUCCCUGGCCUUAUCUUAAGUUUAGGAUAGCCUUAUCCAACGCAUGCUUAAACUCCCUCACUGUGUUAUCCUCUACAACUUCAGCUGGAAGGCUAUUCCAUGCAUCCACUACCCUCUCUGUAAAGUAAUACUUCUUGAAAUUAUUUUUAAACUUUUGUCCCUCAAAUUUGAGACUAUGUCCUCUUGAUGUGGUAGUUUUUCUUCCUUUAAAUAUAGUCUCCUCCUUUACUGUGUUGGUUCCCUUUAUGUAUUUAAAUGUUUCUAUCAUAUUCCACCUCUGUCACGUCUUUCCUCCAAGCUAUACAUGUUACGAUCCUUUAACCUUUCCUGGUAAAUUUUAUACUACAAUCCAUUAACCAGUUUAGUAGCCCUUCUCUGAAUUAUUUCCAAAGUAUCAAUAUUCUUCUGAAAAUACAGUCUCCAGUAGGGAUCAUCUGAUUAUCGUUUUGGACGAUAUUCCGGAUUUUGGGAUAUAUCGUUAUUGGCGCAAUGGCUCUGGGGCGCAAGGAUCAAGUGAAUGGCAGAAAGGAAGCGCACAGCGCUCCCAGAACUUGUACUCCCAGAACUAUGUGUCAUCUGGUUACUGGUAGGGGAAAGGGCUAAUCACGAAUCACUGUUCCAGUGUGGAGGAUUCAACGGGGAAAGUCCUCCAGGACUGAGUGUCGUCCAGUGCCUGGGGUGGCUAGAGCAAGUUCCGCAUUUGGCUCCAGGAGGGAGCGGUUCCAGGACCCCAGUCAAGCCACGGCAGAGGUGCUCCCCUGUUCCAGCUAGGAAGCGGUCCUGGGUACCUCCAGCAAGUGGUACAGGGAGCUCUGUUACAUUGGUGGCAGCGGUGGGAUGGCUUCCUGGCCGUGGGAAACCAGCACUACUUCAGAGAUGGGAGGCAAGUACUGUCGGGCAGUAUCCAGCACGAACGCCCAACUUCAGUAGCUGUUACAGGAGGUGCUACGCAGUUCUGAUUACCCGAUCUCCACAGAAAAAGAGACAGAAUGGAGGGUGACGCUCCGAACCGAACUCUGGGUGGGGGUCCUCUGAGAAAUUUUCCCAAAUUCCAACCAACGCAGAUGGGACUAAUUCGACCUCCAAAUGCCGUUUUUGGGAGAGCAGCCCCUAGAUGGGUGGGUAAGUGAACUAGAGCGGUUGGCCGAAGCCGAGGUAUGGUUGGACAAAUCAUAGCGGGCCUUACGGUGGCAUGCCGGCCACUUCUACCCAGGGCUACUCCCCUACCAGCUUCUUGAGGGAAAGGACUACGUUGGACCUGGGCAGUUGUGGGAGGCUUUUGAUGAUCCCCAUGGGUUUAAAAAAUCUGGACAGUACCCACUACUGGUGCAUUCGCGACAAGCGGGAAGUUAGCUUGGGGCUUACAUUGGUGGAAAAAUUGCAGCAGGAUUUGACCUACCUGGUUAACCUGGAGUGCAAGCUCGAACAGAACUAUGCUCGCUUGCUCCAAAGUGUAACUUCACCUGUCUCCGAUAUGAUGGGGCUUAUGAACUGUAUACCACCGGUCCCUACUCCCCAGCAGCUAUGCCUGUCAUCAGGAGACCCGGGCACUGUACAACCUACUUCCCAACCAGCCCAAGAAAUAAGAGACCUUAUCGAAUGGUCCUGGGAAGAUCUCCAGUUGGCAGGUGGAGAUGGAAGAUAUGGGCAGCCUGGAUGGAGACGUUAGGAGUGGGGACAGUCGGUCCCCUCCCCAGCAGCAUAGUGCGUUAUCGGGAGACAAACCCCCUACAGGGCAGAGCGCCUCUGGCCUCUGCCCAUCAAGCACGGAUGGCUUCAUAAGUGAGGUCCAGGGAGAGAAGAGUAUCGGUCUCUCUCCCCAGCGUCAGUAUGGGUUAAAGGGAGAAGGGAUACUCGGUCCCUUUCCCCAGCAGAGGAGUUACCCCCUAGAGCGGGGAAUUGCGUCCUCCAUCCCCAGUGACAACUUGGUCCAACCGGGGAAAAAGUGCAGCCGGGUCAUUUCAUUGCAGGACACUGGGUGUAUAAAUGGGCACUUGUGGCAGGAGGCCUUAUGGACAACUAUGCCUUUUGGGAAAGGCCACCAGACUAUCACAGACCCAGACCGAUUUGGAUAGUCUCAAUUAUCUCUCAAAUACAGAGGAGUAGAUGGUAACUUGUAACUAGUCCACUUUCAGGACCAGGUGAGGGAUUAUCCUGUUUGUGUGGGAGUGUCAGGGGCGUGCUUAACUGUGUCUGAAACGUAUAAAAGCAAGCCAUCUGGCCAGAUUAAAGCAUUCCAGCUUGUACUCCCAGAACUAUGUGUCGUCUGGUUACUGGGAGGGGAAAAGGCUAAUCACGAAUCACUGUUCCAGUGUUGAGGAUUCAACGGAAAAAGUCCUUGUAAGGACUAGAGCUCCCAGGACUGAGUGUCGUCCAGUGCCUGGGGGUGGCUAGAGCGGUUCCAAGCCACGGCGACUGUAACGGAUCGACGGGCACCCCGACUGGGUACCUCCGUUGAAGGAUGCUCCUAGCGCUUCCUGAGGGUUUCCAGCACUCCAGCCGACACCAUAACCACCGUAGACUACUUCAGAGGGCAAACCAGGAACAAGCUCUUAGAAGAGUUUAGCAGUGAAUAUAGCAAGAGAGUAUGCAGAGCAUAGCAAUCCCUUGUAGCAGAUUCCCCCAAUAAGAGACGGCACUCCAAAUUGAGGGUGAAGUAGAACUGACUGUACUGGCACAUACAGCCUCUUUUAUUCACAAUCCACAAACAUAGUACUGCCCACAGGGUUUUGAAAUACAACCAAUCAAUCUGUACAAUACACCCAGACACUCCCACACAAAAUCCUCCCCUCUGCCUGUGAUAUGAUUACUGAACACAAUGGUUAAUAUAAUUAUCACAGGCAGAGAAAUUAUAAAACAUAUCACAGGGACCCCAAAACAUGCAAUAACCCCAUAAAACUAUCCUUGGAACCAGGGGAUCUGGGUGAACCACAUAUCCAAAAUUCACCCAGAUCCGUUCAGUAGUUUGGAAGAUACAGUUUAAUGCAGAUUCUGCAGAACAUAUACAGGCUAUAUGAAAAAUAAUUACUGUUAAAUGUGUCCCCUGUUCUAUAGUUUAAAACUACUGCACGAUGUGUUUGUGCACCAAAUACCGGCGAGAUGGCACCGUGUUGAAAAGUCCACACAGUGUCUGUGAGUUAAAAUGGCCGCCAUCCAUUGUUCUCACCAUGUGCUUUAUCCAUUGUUCUCACCAUGUGCCUCUGGUACAUGAAAUGGUGGCCACCCAGUAACUCCACAGUAUGUCCCCAGAUAGUUCUUAAAGGGCCAGCAGCAGCAUAAUAAAAUCAAGUAUGCCCACAUCAGUUCCUAGAAGGGCAAUACAUCCUAGGGCCAUAGUCGCAGGGCAGGAGGCUGGCAAACAGGCCCCUCCAAAAACCAGUGGCGAGGUUACUUUCGCCACAGCGACUGUGGGCAGAAGUGCUGCGGUUUGUUCCCUGUUCCAGCUAGGAAGUGGCGCUUGGCGGAGGUGCCCAGCCAGGGGUACAGGGAGCUCCGUUACAAGCACUAAGGGGAGGAGAGAGGGGAGAGCACCACUAAGGAAUAGGGAUGGGAGGGACAGGGAGGGGAGAGAAACACUAAAUAUUCUUAAAAACAUAAAAUCUAUUUUUUGCAUAUACCACUUAAUAAAAAAGAUGUGCUAAAAAAAUUAAAUAAACAUGUUAAGUAAACAGUAGAUUUGUGUAGAAAUUGUUUUGGGGUUUUUUUUUAAACGGUAAAUGUACAGAAUAUCGGUAAGUUAUCAGCGAUCUGCCUAAAAGUUCACAGAUUAUCGGUAUCUGCUCCAAAAAAAAAAAUCAGUCGUUCCCUAGUCUCCAGUACUGCAUACAAUACUCCAAGUGAGGUCUAACCGGUGUUCUGUACAAUUGUAUGAGCACUUCUCUCUUUCUACUGCUAAUACCUCUCCCUAUAGAACCAAGCAUUCUGUUAUUUAUUACAUUGUCUGCCUACCUUUAAGUCAUCUGAAAUCAUUACGGCUAAAUCCUUUUCCUCAGAUGUUCAGGUUAGUAGCGUAUCAAAUAUUCUAUCCUCUGCCCUUGAGUUUUUACGCCCAGAUGCAUUAUCUUGCACUUAUCCACAUUAAAUGUCAGUUGCCACAGCUCUGACCAUUUUUCUAAUUGAUCUAAAUCAUUUGUUACUUGGCUUAUGCCUGCUGAAACAAACCUGUUGCAAAAUUUUAGUAUCAGCAAAAAGACAUACCUAAACCAUCAAGACCUUCUGCAAUAUCACUAAUAAAAAUAUUAAACGUGAAUGUGUCCAAGUACAGAUCUCUGAGGUACCCCACUGGUAACUAGACCUUGCGUCGAAUAUACUCCAUUAACUACAACCAUCUGUUGCCUGUCAUUCAGCCACUGCCUAACCCAUUCAACACUAUUGGAAUCCAAACUUAAACAUUGCAGUUUAUCGAUAAGUCUUCUAUGUGCAAGUGUCAAAAGCAUUACUGAAAUCUAGGUAAGCAAUGUCUUCUGCACCACCCUGAUCUAUUAUUUUAGUUACCCAAUCAAAAGAAAUCAAUAAGAUUAGUUUGGCAAGAUCUCCCUCAAGUAAACCCAUGUUGUCUAAGUGGCCUAUAGUUGCCCGACUCCUCCUUACUACCUUUCUUGUGAAUGGGCACAACAUUUGCAAAUUUCCUGCCUUCUGGGACUACUCCUGUUAACAAUGAUUGGUAAAAGAAAUCCAUUAAUGGUUUUAUUAGUACACCACUAAGUUCUUUUAAUAACUUUUGGUGUAUUCCAUCAGGUCCCAUUGACUUUACUUAUUUGUCUUUACUUUUGACAGUUGAAAUAGAACCUCUUUCUCUGUAAACUCACAUGUAACAAAUGACUCAUUUGUCCUUUUUCUUAACUGAAGUCCCUCUCCUUCAUUUUCAUCUGUAAAUACUGAACAAAAUUAUUAAUUAAGGCACUCGGCUAAGCCUUUAUCCUCUUCUACAUACCUUCCUUCUUUUGUUUUUAAUCUAACUAAUCCUUGUUUUACUUUCCUUUUCCCAUUUAUGUAUAUAAAAACUAUUUUUUUUUUUAUAUACUGACUGUGCUAUUUUCUCUUCUGUGUGUGCUUUGGAGGCUCUUAUAACUUGCUUUGCCUCUUUCUGCUUAAUCUUAUAGAUCUGCCUGUCUUCCUCACUCUGUUUUUUUUUUUUUUUAAUGAUUACUAAAUGCUAACUUUUAGUUUUUUACAAUUUUUGCCACUUCUGCGGAGUACCACAGUGGUUUCUUAAUUUUUCUACUCUUAUUGACAGGCCUAAUGGAAUUUUCUGUUACUUUCACUAGUGCAAUUUUUAAAUAUACCCAUUUCUCUUGGGCUCCAUUUAACCCCUUAAGGACACAUGACAUGUGUGACAUGUCAUGAUUCCCUUUUAUUCCAGAAGUUUGGUCCUUAAGGGGUUAAAUUGCUCCAGUCUGAUAAGGACUCCUUUACGCAUAUUUUAAUUUUAGAAAAGUCUCUUUUUCUAAAAUCUAAAACUUUUGUUUUUGUGUGGUGUGACUCAGUCACUGUUCUUAUAUUAAACCACACUGACUGAUGAUCACUGGAUCCUAAUCUUUCACCUACAGUAAUAUCUGAUACCAAAUCUCCAUUUGUUAACACUAAAUCUAGUUGGCUCCUCAACAACUUGUUUUAGAGACAAUCCCAGUAGGGAGUUUAGAAUAUCUGUGCUCCUGGCACAAGCAGCUAUUUUGGAUUUCCAGUUCACAUCAGGAAGAUUAAAGUCACCCAUGAUGAUAACAUCCCCCUUCAUUGUCAUUUUAGCUGUUUUCUCAACUAGUAGAUUAACUCUUCUAUUUGUCCUGGGGGGCCUAUAAAUCACACCUACAUGAGUUACUGUGUGAUUCCCAAAUUCUAAAGUAACCCAAACUGACUGUAUGUUCGCCUCACUAACUUUUAUUAGGCUAGAUGUUUCUUGCCUCUCCUGUCUUUUUUUAUAUAUAUAAUUAGUACCCUGGUAUUGCUAUAUUUUAAUCAUUUUUUUUCACUAUACCAUGUCUCAGUAACAGCAACUAAAUGUACAUUGUCCUUUCACAUUAUUGCCACAAGUGCAAGGAUCUUAUUCCCUAAACUAGGAGCAUUUGUAGACAUGACUCUAAGCUUAUAAUUUUUUAACACACUUGCUAAGGUUAUGUGUGUCAUGCUUUUAUGAAUGGAAAUCUCAAGAGACUUGUCUUGCCACGAUUGAGUUCCUAUACCUGGAAAGAAUAAUCAAUAUUUUCCAAAUUAACAUCCCAGCUCUUUUAUGAAUGUAAAAAUUGGGAUGUAUGCAAAGUUUUUGUAUUCAAGGCUUGGACUUUUCUUUCUUAAUUAAAUCCAAGGUAAACUGUUAACCUGAUCCAUUCAGUUAUGGGCACCUCUACUAAAGCAAUGCAAACUUCAGUGGAAUUCUCUGAACUAUACUCCCUAGUAACAGUUAUUUGUUUUAUUUUUUUACUGUAGCAGCAUACAUGUUGCAUAAUAUGGUAACAUAUAGGCCAAAAUGACUAAAAAAGAUCCAUCUCGGCUAUAGUCACAGCUUGGAAAUGUUAACCUACAUUUUGUAAUUUGGUUUUCAAUUCACUAUAAUUCAGUGUUUAGUAAAUAAUACUCUUAUGAAACCUCCUAACAUUUCAAAUGGACAAAGAAUGACACUUUUAUUGUGUUUUUGCAAGGGGCGAGCUGAUAUUUUAGGUGAUUUACUAAUGAAAAUUUAUGAUAAUGUAAUUUACUAAUAUUUAAUUUAGAACAAGAAAAAUGUAUCUUAUUAUCUUAUCUGAUUUAUAGACAGAUUUAUUAUAGUUUAAAGACACAUUUUUGUGAGUAUUAUUUCUGUGGACCUCUGUUAUAAACUCACACACCAACAAUAUAGAGCUCCUAGAAAAGAGGGACUUUAGGAUAGAAAAGCGGAACAGAGGGAUUUGGGUCCUAAAUAGGGACACCUGGGGAUAUGUCAUGCUAUUGUUAAGACCGAUUAUUACUCAGUAACUGGGGCGAAAAACAGCACAAUAAGGUGCUAACCUUAUAGGAAUCCAGUUUUUGAAGAAGUGCAAAAAAUACCUGUAUCUCUUAUUUGAAAACUUCUAGAAUUUCUUAUGUUUAUUUUAAACUGUAAAGUACAUUUUUCUAUUAAAUAAUUAAUGGCUCAUGCUCUAAAGAGAAUCACCGAAAAUGUAAAAAACUAUUUUAUAACAAGUUAUAAAUAUAAAUGAUUAUUCCAUAUAUUUAAUAUAAAACUUUCCUUGACAGGUGCAAAUAUAUUUAAGGUAAUACUUGUCUCUUGGCAAUGUAACUGCACGUGAAACCAACCAAAUCACCAAAGACUUUAUGACAAUUAGUAUUAUUAAGACCUGUAAUUAAAGAGAGGAAAGUUUAGAAAGAGCAUGAUUACAAUCUAUAAAGCUUUAUAAAACUAGAUCAAAAUCAGCAUUCAGCUUCACAAUAUCUUGUUUGCAAUUCAAUAUUUUGAUCCAACAUGACUUUGCUUUAAAGAGACACUCUAUUCAACCACCACUAAUUGUCUUUCACACCCAGGAACUGCAGAAAGAAUUACUCAUGAUGCAAACCAAGUUGGAUCAACAGAAAGAAAGAGAGAGUCGUCUGCUUCAAGAAGUCUGGAAAUACAACCCCUCCUUUCAUCUUUGACACUUACUGAGUAUGCCCGUAAAACUUCUUAGGCAUUAAUAUAACUUCUUGGUCUCCCAUAAAGUUUCCAUAGUUUUCCACACACAUGUGAAAACUUCACAACAGGAUUGUGAAUGUGAAGAUACAAAAUCUAUAAAUCAGUCAUCUGCUUAUUAAAGCAGCAUUCUAGUAUUGGUGUGUAGCUAAAUAUUGGAAAGGUGCAGAAUUAAUUUUGGCCAAUACAUUGUACGUGUUUGUUAACAACUUUUGCAAUAUUCAGUGUUGCUGAACUUGCCUGGCAAGCCUUCCUCCUAUCCAAACGUUAGGCACAUGAUUAAUCUGACAAGUCCUUGGCACCACUAUAAAUUAAAAGAUCAUGUUUUAAAUGUCAUCAGAGAACUGAUAGAGGGGACUCAGGGCUAUCAUGGCAAAACCAGAAAGCACAAGGAGUUGUUUAAACAAGCAGCUCCUUUCCAGCAGUGCUUUAAACAACGUUUUAACAAUCCAUAAUUCUGCAAGGAAAAGGGUUCGCGAGCAAGACACCAGAAAGUAUUUGUCUCAGAGAGGGCAAUGUGCUGUUCCUACCUCCCUACAAAAAAAUAGAUACUGUAAGUGAUAAUAAAUAGCAAGUGAUUAAUAUAGUUAAUUGACAACGGUACUGUUGAAUCUACUUUUAGUAAUCCUUGGUACUUUAAACUUUUGCAAAUCAGUAGACAUUUUCAGCAUACUUGAAUUUUUAUAUAUGUAUAAAUACAACAGAAAAAUAUGAACAUUCAACUCUUAGAAUAUCUUUGUAAGCAACCACAUUCUAUUCACCAGGUUUUCUAGUAGGUACAGCUAUGCUAAUUCCCUAGCUUGUUGCAUCCAUUUGAAUGAGAAAAAAAAGGAAAUCACCCAUGCAGGUCUAGGGAAUAAAAAAACAUAGGAACAUCCAAUAUAACAGGGCUAGGUAAAAAAUCUGAAAUCAAGUCAGGUUGCAAUGGGAACUCAAGACACUAUCAUCAGAUAAGGUAACAAAGACAUUGAGAACUGAACAGGCAUAUGACUUAGCCAUCUGUCAAGUGGUAGUUUACUGAAAUGCCCAAAAGGAAUUUUUUUUUUUUUUUUGCAGCAAUUAUUUUAAAUGCCUAUCCUCUAUAUUAGUGUUUUACAAAGGGGAACUAAUCCCAGUGUCGCUAUUUUUUUUAGAAUUAAUAUAACUAAAUAGAUGAUUAUUUGGUUUAACACCGUUUAGUAUUUUAGAAAGGUGAAGUAAUCCCAAAUAAACAAUACCUCUUAUUUUUGAGUUUUAAAAAAAUGUACACUAAUACACUGUUACCUGCCUUAAUUUAAAUAUCCAGUUUUUACACAUUCUGGGUGUUUAUGGCAAUGGAGAUUAAAAAAAAAAAAAGCAUAUUUUGAGAUCUGAAAGCUGAAAAUAAACAACUUAUGUAGGUAUAUAACAUAAAGUACUAAAACUAUAUUCUCACUCUAGACAAAAAAAAUUGGUAAAAUACCUUUCUCAUUGAAGUGAGCCAAAACUCAAAAGUGUCUUCAUGGGAAAGGGGUUAAAGGUAAACUACAGGGAAUGGUGACUACAAUACCACUAACGAUCCUAACAACCAUCAAUGCUUAUUUUUAUAUUGGUCUGAUGUGAUGGAAAAAUGACUGUUACAAUUCCCACAAUUUUAGUAUAUGUGUAUAUAAUUAUGUAUACAUGUAUUUAUGUAUAUGCAUAACAGUUUAUGUAUACACAUGCAUACAAUUCUGCAAACUAUUUAAGCAAUAUUUAAUUAAAUGUGUACUAAACCCACCAUACAAAUCUUAAAAGGCUGUCAUGAUAUAUUAUUUUGUACAAAAAUAAAGUCUGUCUAUAUUUUUACCUUCUACAAUCAGAACUACUAUUUUCCAAAACCGCCUACAGUGGUGUGGGGGUAUAUACAGCUGUGGGGGUCUUCUGUAUAAUCUGACCAAAGAGCUUAAAGAGACACUCCGGACCCAUUAGGAGUACGUACUUUUUUUUUUUUUUUUAAGAUUACUAAAAGUGUAGACUUAGAUAUUUGCACUUUUUAUAACUUAACAUGGUUACACCCCCUGGCUGUCAAACAAUUGCUCAUGUUACUUCCUUGUUCAGCUUAUAUAUAUAUAUAUAUAUACAUAUAUAUAUAUAUAUAUAUAUAUAUAUAUAUAAAAAAAAGACCAGCCACUUAAUGUACUUUUGCAGAUGAACAAGAAGAUGGUAGUGCCUUUUAAAGGAAAGGUGAGAAAUUGCAGAAUAAUUUGUACAAAAUAAUAUAUUUAUGGCAAGGGAGCUUAACGUGUUACUCUAACCCUUCUUAAACACUCUUUUUGUAAGCUAAAAUGCCCUAAUGGGCAUUACUAUUAGGUCUCUAAUCCAGUGCCAGACAAAGAGUGCUAAUCUUUCCCCUCCAUCUCAGAGUAUAUGUGGGCUCUUGGCUGUGAAAGACAUGGGUGGUGGACAGGAAAGGGGGGUGGAAAAGUUGAAAAUGGAAAUACGGGGAGAGCUAAAUAAAUGAAGGGAGGCAGGGAGUGGAGAAGGAGCUUCCCUAAGGAUAAUAACUAAGCACGUCUGUCACCAGUGCACUGUGUGCGCUUACAACAGACAUAAAAUAUGCCCAUAAUUAACAUUAGGCAGGCCAUAACAGAGUUCUGGUAAGCCUAAGCCUCAUGUGCUGGAGGAUUUAACUAGCCCAUGGCAUUCAAUUACCAAUAUCAUACUUUGUAUGUGCAGCAUUUCUGGAUGAACCGCUGCACAUACACCAUGACCUUUUCAAAUCACUAAAAAUGUCAUGGUGGUUGCAGUAAUCCGUUAACCGGGCUUAUUAUUUGCCUAUAGCAUAUAUUUUUUGUUGCAGGAAUCUGCUUUCUGCAAACAAUAUUUUGCGCAACCAUAUGUUGUCAUUGUGAUCACUAUUGUGAUGCAUAGUACAGUAGCACAAGGUCUGCUUCUUCUAAAUUUUGCAGAGUAAAAAUAAUAUGCUUUGGAUUAUGGAAAAAGUAAACCAGAAUGAAGUAAUUUAAAUAAAUGAACUGAACCAUCAGUGUCAAAGAGAUUAAUCGUUACGUAAACCAUUUAUUUUAUCACAAUUUCCAAAAUGAUGAUCAAGUUUACUGAUUAAUAUAACUAUAUAUAAAUGGUGUUAAUAUGUAUAGAUGAUGUGUAUAUAUAAACAGAUCAAAUGCAUUUAUACACUUGUUACAUUACACCACUGUAUAUUUAUAUACGGUUGUUUGCUGCACACUUUUGAUCCAUGUAAAGCCUACAAGAUUGUUCUUGACAAACAGAAAGGGGUCGCCGAUCCUGUAUGGUACCACAAAAAUUAAACACAUAUUAGUGUUAAUUAUUAAUAGCAAUUUUCUAUGAAUAACUAAAUAUUUAAAUAAAAGUAUUCUCACUU